ACGAGGCGUGUUGACGGAGAGCGCAGAGUGGCGUGCACUGACAGGGUCAAGGCGACCUUUUCAGGGGUGGCCAUGGCGAGGGGAGUUAGGUCAGCCUAAGCUGACAGCGGGUCACAGAAAGAAGGAAGAGGAGCUCGUCCUUCUUCCGUGUGUCCCAAAUCCGCCUGAGAUCAGUUGAGCGAUGCGUCACAAAGCAGGGUAGAAGCACGCUGAACGCUGAAUUCCAAAUCAACCACUAGCCCCUAUACUCCCUAGCCACUCCUCCUGUAGAUCUGGGGCUGUAUGUAUCAAGCUACUCAGAGUAGAAGUUCUGAUUUUAGGAUCAGGUUUGCCUUUUAGAUCACAAUGAAUAAGACUACAUGGACAAUAGAGCUGCAUGAUAUGGGCAAUUAUUAUUUAUUAAUUUGACAAAUAUUGUGAUUUGACUUGCGAUAUAGAUCAAAACACUUGGGUGAACUGUUGGAAUCAUAGAAAAGGAAUAUUAAGAAGCAAAGUGGAAAGCAGCAUCGUUCUUGUUUGGAACAGUCCUGCAUUUGACCUAACAGAACAGGAUGCAAACUCAAAGCGAAUGUAACAGCGAGGAGGAGGAACUGCGCUGCUUGAGUGACAGGGGCGGGGCUUUGUGUGUGUGGGAAGCUGCAAGAGGAGGGAGAGAGACGACAGAGUAAAUGAUAGCCACGUUACAUCCGUUUUAAGUGGGGGUUCAAAAUAUUGCAUGCAAUAUGGAUCUCUUGCGACAUGGAUAUUGCACAUGUCAAUACUGUGAUUUCGAUGUGAGUUUGAUUAAUUGUGCAUCCUAGAUCAGCACUCCUAACUCUGAGACGAUUUAUGAAUAUGGCCCCUGAAAGGAAUCGGAUAGUUGGAAGCAAGAUGGCGACAUUACCAUCAUUCUUAUAUAUCCAAUCAUCUCAGCUCUACAGAUGUGCCUGCAGAGGGUGGACGGGUUAGGUGCUUCUUAAACCUUAGCCCCUUCCCCUUAGGCAUUUUGCAGAUCUGAAAGCAUUGGACAAGUUCUCUUUAGCAUAUUGCUCAUACCUAUCCAUUUCUUUCAGAUAUAAAGUGCCUUCAGAAAGUAUUCACACCUUGACUUUUUCCACAUUUUUGUUAGCCUGAAUUUAAAAAGGAAUAAAUUGAGAUUUUGUCACUGAUCUACACAUAAUACCCCAUAAUGUCAGUGGUUUUAGAAUUUUUUACAUAUUAAUAAAAAAUGAAAAGCUGAAAUGUCUUGUCAAUAAGUAUUCAACCCCUUUGUCAAGCGUAAAUAAGUACAGGAGUAAAAAUGUGCUUAAUACAUUGCAUGGACCCCCAUCUCUGUACCACACACAAGGUCCCCUCAGUUGAGAAGUGAAUUUCAAACACCGAUUCAACCACAAAGACCAGGUGCCUCGCAAAGAAGUGCACCUAUUGGUAGAUGGGUGAAAAAUUAAAAAAGCAGAUACUUAACUUCACCUCAAAGAGAUAAUCAAUUACUUUGGAUGGUGUAUCAGUACACUCAGUCACAACAAAGAACAGAUGUUCUUCCUGACUCCUACACCCAAAGGAAGGAAACCAUUUAGGUAUUUCACCAUGAGGCUAAUGGUGAUUUUCAAAUGGAGUUUAAUGGCUGUGAUAGGAGAACUCUACAAUACAAACCUAAAUGAGUGAAAAGAAGGAAGCCCAUUCAGAAUACAAAUAUUCCAAAACAUGCAUCCUGUUUGCAAUAAGGCACUAAAGUAAUACUGCAAAGAAUGUGGCAAAUAAAUGAACUUCUUGUCCUGAAUACAAAGAGUUACAGUGAGGGAAAAAAGUAUUUGAUCCCCUGCUGAUUUUGUACGUUUGCCCACUGACAGACAUGAUCAGUCUAUAAUUUUAAUGGUAGGUUUAUUUGAACAGUGAGAGACAGAAUAACAACAACAAAAUCCAGAAAAUACAUGUCAAAAAUGUUAUAAAUUGAUUUGCAUUUGAAUGAGGGAAAUAAGUAUUUGACCCCUCUGCAAAACAUGACUUAGUACUUGGUGGCAAAACCCUUGUUGGCAAUCACAGAGGUCAGACGUUUCUUGUAGUUGGCCACCAGGUUUGCACACAUCUCAGGAGGGAUUUUGUCACACUCCUCUUUGUAGAUCUUCUCCAAGUCAUUAAGGUUUCGAGGCUGACUUUUGGCAACUCGAACCUUCAGCUCCCUCCACAGACUUUCUAUGAGAUUAAGGUCUGGAGACUGGCUAGGCCACUCCAGGACCUUAAUGUGCUUCUUCUUGAGCCACUCCUUUGUUGCCUUGGCCGUGUGUUUUGGGUCAUUGUCAUGCUGGAAUACCCAUCUACGACCCAUUUUCAAUGCCCUGACUGAGGGAAGGAGGUUCUCACCCAAGAUUUGACGGUACAUGGCCCCGUCCAUCGUCCCUUUGAUGCGGUGAAGUUGUCCUGUCCCCUUAGCAGAAAAACAAAGCAUAAUGUUUCCACCUCCAUGUUUGACGGUGGGGAUGGUGUACUUGGGGUCAUAGGCAGCAUUCCUCCUCCUCCAAACACGGCGAGUUGAGUUGAUGGCAAAGAGCUCGAUUUUGGUCUCAUCUGACCACAACACUUUCACCCAGUUCUCCUCUGAAUCAUUCAGAUGUUCAUUGGCAAACUUCAGACGGGCCUGUAUAUGUGCUUUCUUGAGCAGGGGGACCUUGCGGGCGCUGCAGGAUUUCAGUCCUUCACGGCGUAGUGUGUUACCAAUUGUUUUCUUGGUGACUAUGGUCCCAGCUGCCUUGAGAUCAUUGACAAGAUCCUCCCGUGUAGUUCUGGGCUGAUUCCUCACCGUUCUCAUGAUCAUUGCAACUCCACGAGGUGAGAUCUGUUGUCACCUUCUCACCAAGCUGCUUGGCGACGGUCUUGUAGCCCAUUCCAGCCUUGUGUAGGUCUACAAUCUUGUCCCUGACAUCCUUGGAGAGCUCUUUGGUCUUGGCCAUGUUGGAGAGUUUGGAAUCUGAUUGAUUGCUUCUGUGUACAGGUGUCUUUUUAUACAGGUAACAAACUGAGAUUAGGAGCACUCCCUUUACGAGUGUGCUCCUAAUCUCAGCUCAUUACCUGUAUAAAAGACACCUGGGAGCCAGAAAACUCUGUUCUGAUUGAAGAGGGGGUCAAUACUUAUUUCCCUAAUUUAAAAUGCAACAUCAUUUAACUAACCCCAUUUUUGACAUGUGUUUUUCUGGAUUAUUUUGUUGUUAUUCUGUCUCACUGUUCAAAUAAACCUACCAUUAAAAUUAUAGACUGAUCAUGUCUUUGUCAGUGGGCAAACGUACAAAAUCAGCAGGGGAUCAAAUACUUUUUUCCCCUUUACUUGGCUCAUUGCGCUCUAGCGACUCCUUGUGGAGGGCCAGGUGUCUGCAGGCUGACUUCGGUCGUCAGUUGAACGGUGUUUCCUCCAACACAUUGGUGCAGCUGGUUACCGGGUUAAGCGGGCGGGUGUUAAGAAGCGUGGUUUGGUGGGUCAUGUUUCGGAGGACGCAUGACUCAACCUUCGCCUCUCCCGAGCCCGUUGGGGAGUUGCAGCGAUGAGACAUUGGGGAGAAAAAGGGGGUAACCUUAGACAGUCCCUUCAAUACGCAACUUUUUGAUUAGGUUUAUUUGUUAAACAUUUCACUGAAGUAAAUUAUUUUCUCGGCAUACCGACCCACACCAUUUAUUUCAAGGGAUAUGUUGCCUGGACACUUUCCGCUCUCAAAUUGGAUGAUUAACUUUGUUACCAACAUACAGUUGAAGUCGGAAGUUUACAUACACCUUAGCCAAAUACAUUUAAACUCAGUUUUUCACAAUUCCUGACAUUUAAUCCUAGUAAAAAUUCACUGUCUUAGGUCAGUUAGGAUCAUCACCACUUCAUUUUAACAAUGUGAAAUGUCAGAAUAAUAGUAGAGUGAUUCAUUUCAGCUUUUAUUUCUUUCAUCACAUUCACAGUGGGUCAGAAGUUUACAUACACUCAAUUAGUAUUUUGUAGCAUUGCCUUUAAAUUGUUUAACUUGGGUCAAAUGUUUCGGGUAGCAUUUUACAAGCUUCCCACAAUAAGUUGGGUGAAUUUUGGCCCGUUCCUCCUGACAUAGCUGGUGUAACUGAGUCGGGUUUGUAGGCCUCCUUGCUCGCACACGCUUUUUCAGUUCUGCCCACACAUUUUCUAUAGGAUUGAGGUCAGGGCUUUGUGAUGGCCACUCCAAUACCUUGACUUUGUUGUCCUUAAGCCAUUUUGUCACAACUUUGGAAGUAUGCUUGGGGUCAUUGUCCAUUUGGAAGACCCAUUUGCGACCAAGUUUUAACUUCCUGACUGAUGUCUUGAGAUGUUGCUUCAAUAUAUCCACAUAAUUUUCCUUCCUCAUGAUGCCAUCUAUUUUGUGAAGUGCACCAGUUCCUCCUGCAGCAAAGCACCCCCACAGCAUGAUGCUGCCACCCCUGUGCUUCACGGUUGGGAUUGUGUUCUUCGGCUUGCAAGCAAACCCCCUUUUUCCUCCAAACAUAACGAUGGUCAUUAUGGCCAAACAGUUCUAUUUUUGUUUCAUCAGACCAGAGGACAUUUCUCCAAAAAGUGCAAUCCUUGUCCCCAUGUGCAGUUGCAAACCGUAGUCUGGCUUUUUUAUGGCGGUUUUGGAGCAGUGACUUCUUCCUUGCUGAGCGGCCUUUCAGGUUAUGUCGAUAUAGGACUCGUUUUACUGUGGCUAUAGAUACUUUUGUACCUGUUUCCUCCAGCAUCUUCACAAGGUCCUUUGCUGUUGUUCUGGGAUUGAAUUGCACUUUUCACACAAGUAUGUUCAUCUCUAGGAGACGAAACGCGUUUCCUUCCUGAGCAGAAUGACGGCUGCGUGGUCCCAUGUGUUUAUACUUGCAUACUAUUGUUUGUACAGAUGAACGUGGUACCUUCAGGCGUUUGGAAAUUGCUCCCAAUGAUGAACCAGACUUGUGGAGGUCUACAACUUUCUGAGGUCUUGGCUGAUUUCUUUUGAUUUUCCAAUGAUGUCAAGCAAAGAGGCACUGAGUUUGAAGGUAGGCCUUGAAAUACAUCCACAGGUACACCUCAAAUUGACUCAAAUGAUGUCAAUUAGCCUAUCAGAAGCUUCUAAAGCCAUGACAUCAUUUUCUGGAAUUUUCCAAGCUGUUUAAAGGCACAGUCAACUUAGUGUAUGUAAACUUCUGACCCACUGGAAUUGUGAUAAGUGAAAUAAUCUGUCUGUAAACAAUUGUUGGAAAAAUUACUUGUGUCAUGCACAAAGUAGAUGUCCUAACCGACUUGCCAAAACUAUAGUUUGUUAGCAAGAAAUUUGUGGAGUGGUUGAAAACCGAAAUGUAUGUAAACUUCCGACUUCAACUGUACAUAAAUGCAUAUAUAAUACCGUUCAAAGGUUUGGGGUCACUUAGAAAUGGCCAAUAAAAAUAAAAGAUUGAUGGGCAGUCUGAGAUAUGGCUUUUCUUUGCUACUCUGCCUAGAAGGUCAGCAUCCCGGAGUCGCCUCUUCACUGUUGACGUUGAGACUGGUGUUUACACUGUAUUUCUGAUCAAUUUGAUGUUAUUUUAAUGGACAAAAAAAUGACAUUUCUAAGUGACCCCAAACUUCUGAACGGUAGUGUGUGUGUAUAUACAGUGGGGAGAACAAGUAUUUGAUACGCUGCCGAUUUUGCAGGUUUUCCUACUUACAAAGCAUGUAGAGGUCUGUAAUUUUUAUCAUAGGUACACUUCAAUCCAGAAAAUCACAUUGUAUGAUUUUUAAGUAAUUAAUUUGCAUUUUAUUGCAUGACAUAAGUAUUUGAUCACCUACCAACCAGUAACAAUUCCGGCUCUCACAGACCUGUUAGUUUUUCUUUAAGAAGCCCUCCUGUUCUCCACUCAUUACCUGUAUUAACUGCACCUGUUUGAACUCGUUACCUGUAUAAAAGGCACCUGUCCACACACUCAAUCAAACAGACUCCAACCUCUCCACAAUGGCCAAGACCAGCGAGCUGUGUAAAGACAUCAGGGAUAAAAUUGUAGACCUGCACAAGGCUGGGAUGGGCUACAGGACAAUAGGCAAGCAGCUUGGUGAGAAGGCAACAACUGUUGGCGCAAUUAUUAGAAAAUGGAAGAAGUUCAAGAUGACGGUCAAUCACCCUCGGUCUGGGGCUCCAUGCAAGAUCUCAUCUCGUGGGGCAUCAAUGAUCAUGAGGAAGGUGAGGGAUCAGCUCAGAACUACACGGCAGGACCUGGUCAAUGACCUGAAGAGAGCUGGGACCACAGUCUAAAAAAAAAACACUCUACACAUACUACGCCGUCAUGGAUUAAAAUCCUGCAGCGCACGCAAGGUCCCCCUGCACACGCCAGCGCAUGUCCAGGCCCGUCUGAAGGUUGCCAAUGACUAUCUGGAUGAUCCAGAGGAGGAAUGGAAGAAGGUCAUGUGGUCUGAUGAGACAAAAAUAGAGCUUUUUGGUCUAAACUCCACUUGCCGUGUUUGGAGGAAGAAGAAGGAUGAGUACAACCCCAAGAACACCAUCCCAACCGUGAAGCAUGGAGGUGGAAACAUCAUUCUUUGGGGAUGCUUUUCUGCAAAGGGGACAGGACGACUGCACCGUAUUGAGGGGAGGAUGGAUGGGGCCAUGUAUCGUGAGAUCUUGGCCAACAACCUCCUUCCCUCAGUAAGAGCAUUGAAGAUGGGUCGUGGCUGGGUCUUCCAGCAUGACAACGACCCGAAACACACAGCCAGGGCAACUAAGGAGUGGCUCCGUAAGAAGCAUCUCAAGGUCCUGGAGUGGCCUAGCCAGUCUCCAGACCUGACCAAUAGAAAUCUUUGGAGGGAGCUGAAAGUCCGUAUUGCCAGCGACAGCCCCCGAAACUGAAGGAUCUGGAGAAGGUCCUGUAUGGAGGAGUGGGCCAAAAUCCCUGCUGCAGUGUGUGCAAACCUGGUCACGACCUACAGGAAUGUAAUGAUCUCGUAAUUGCAACACAGUUUUUCUGUACCAAAUAAUUAAGUUCUGCUUUUCUGAUUAUCAAAUACUUAUUUCUGCAAUAAAAUGCAAAUUAAUUACUUAAAAAUCAUACAAUGUGAUUUUCUGGAUCACUUGUUCUCCCCACUGUAUAUAUGUUAUCAUCCAGAGUCACAUUUUCUGUUUAUUUUCAAAGCUAUAGCACACAGAAUUUUACAUACAGCAGGUUUUUAAAGGACCAAAGAGUUUGGACCGCUUCGUGUUUUCAUUUUUGCCAUGGAAAAAAAUAUUGUGAUACUGGUAUUGUCACAGCCCUAGGAUUGGGGGAGUGGAAGUUGAUCCACAUCUGUACCUAAGGGAAACUUAACCUUGGUGCUGUUCUGAUGAGGUCUCAAGGGAUCUAAAGCACAAUAUUACGCCUAGGCCUGCAUAACCUCCCCCUCCCUCCACUCCAUCGCCACCGUUUCUCAACUCCCCAGCCCUUUCAUUUGAGGCCACUUUCCUCCAAUCCUCUUCUCCCACCAUCCAACAAGCCAACUCUGCCCCUCAUCCCCUGGUGUGGGAACCUGCACCUGUGGCAGUCUCACCCCACAUCGAAUCCCUCCCCCGCACCAUGCUGUCUAGUCUGCUCCCUCAGCCUGUAGCCGCCACCACCACCCACCAGACCCCACCUGAUUGACAAGGUGUGAGCCAAUUAGACCUCCCUAUUUAGCCGAAGUCUGAGUGGUGGACUUUGUUGUAAACAUACAGUACUAGUCAAAAGUUUGGACACCUACUCAUUCCAGGGUUUUUCUUUAUUUUUACUAUUUUUUACAUUGACAUUUUAGUCAUUUAGCAGACGCUCUUAUCCAGAGCCACUUACAGUUAGUGAGUGCAUACAUUUUCAUACUGGCCCCCCUUGGGAAACGAACCCACAACCCUGUCGUUGCAAGCGCCAUGCUCUACCAACUGAGCUACAGGGGACUACAUUGUAGAAAAAAUGUGAAGACAUCAACAGUAUGAAAUAACACAUUGAAUCAUGUAGUAACCAAGUAAGUCUUAAACAAAUCAAAAUAUAUUUGAGAUUCUUCAAAGUAGCCACCCUUUGCCUUGAUGACAGUUUUGCACACUCUUGGCAUUCUCUCAACCAGCUUCAUGAGGUAGUCACCUGGAAUUCAUUUCAAUUAACAGGUGUGCCAUGUUAAUUUGUGGAAUUUCUUUCCUUAAUGUGUUUGAGACAAUCAGUUGUGUUGUGACUAGGUAGGGGUGGUAUACAGAAGAUCGCCCUAUUUGGUAAAAGACCAAGUCCAUAUUAUGGCAAGAACAGCUCAAAUCAGCAAAGAGAAAUGACAGUCCAUCAUUACAUUUUACAUUUACAUUUUAGACAUUUAGCAGACGCUCUUAUCCAGAGCGACUUACAGUUAGUGAAUACAUAUUUUUUUAUUUUUUUUAUACUGGCCCCCCGUGGGAAACGAACCCACAACCCUGGCGUUGCAAACGCCAUGCUCUAUCAACUGAGCUACAUCCCUGCCGGCCAUUCCCUCCCCUACCCUGGACGACGCUGGGCCAAUUGUGCGCCGCCCAUGAGUCUCCCGGUCGCGGCCGGCUGCGACAGAGCCUGGAUUCGAACCAGGAUCUCUAGUGGCACAGUUAGCACUGCGAUGCGGCGCCUUAGACCACUGCGCCACUCAGGAGACAUCAUCACUUUAAGACAUGAAGGUCAGUCAAUCCGGAAAUUCCAAGAACUUUGAACGUUUCUUCACAUGCAGUCGCAAAAACCAUCAAGUGUUAUAAUGAGACUGGCUCUCAUGAGGACCGCCACAGGAAAGGAAGACCCAGAGUUACCUCUGAUGCAGAGGAUAAGUUCAUUAGAGUUACCAGCCUCAGAAAUUGCAGCCCAAAUAAAUGCUUCACAGAGUUCAAGUAACAGACACAUCUCAACAUCAACUGUUCAGAGGAGACUGCGUGAAUCAGGCCUUAAUGGUCGAAUUGCUGCAAAGAAACCACUACUAAAGGACACCAAUAAUAAGAAGAGACUUUGCUUGGGUCAAGAAACAUGAGCAAUGGACAUUAGACCGGUGGAAAUCUGUCAUUUGGUCUGAUGAGUCCAAAUUUGAUAUUUUUGGUAUUUUGUGAGACGCAGAGUAGGUGAACGGAUGAUCUCCGCAUGUGUGGUUCCCACCGUGAAGCAUGGAGGAGGUGUGAGGGUGCUUUGCUGGUGACAUUGUCAGAGAUUUUUUUCAAAUUCAAGGCCACACUUAACUAGCAUGGCUACCACAGCAUUCUGCAGCGAUACGCCAUCCCAUCUGGUUUGCACUUGGGACUAACACACCUCCUGGCUGUGUAAGGGCUAUUUGACCAUAAAGGAGAGUGAUGGAGUGCUGCAUCAGAUGACCUGGCCUCCACAAUCACCCAACCUCAACCCAAUUGAGAAGUUUGGGAUGAGUUGGACCGCAGAGUGAAGGAAAAGCAGCCAACAAGUGCUCAGCGUGUGUGGGAACUCCUUCAAGACUGUUGGAAAAGCGUUCCUGGUGAAGCUGGUUGAGAGAAUGCCAAGAGUGUGCAAAGCUGUCAAGGCAAAGGGUGGCUACUUUGAAAAAUCUAAAAUAUAUUUUGAUUGAACACUUUUUUUGGGUUACUACAUGAUUCCAUAUGUGUUUUCAUAGUUUUGAUGUCUUCUCUAUUAUUCUACAAUGUAGAAAAUAGUAAAAAAUUAAGAAAAACCCAUGAAUGAGUAGGACUGGUACUGUAACGCUUUAUUGGUCAGGGGGUGUAAGGCUUCUCGUUCUCCAUAUCCCCCUAUACGUUUUUAAGUCCUGUAAUCCUCUAAGGAAGGGUCUAUGUGUGUGUCGAGCAUCCAAGGGCACUUGGGGUUUUCUUGUGCGUGUGAACUAUGUUCUUACUAACACACUUUAGAACAGCGGUCUAGUAUUGUGGUUCCCAGUCUUGUCUAUAUACGUGUUUAGAUGUCAUAUGAUCAGCAGCAAACGGCUCCUAUCGCCUGGGGUGUACAACAUGGGGAGAACAUCGGGUUCAUCUCAUUUAUAAUGUUGUGUGUGUGUGUGUAAUGCACUUGCAAAGCACUUAACCCUAAUGUGCUCCAGGGGUGCCGUACUACUAUGGCUGACCCUGUAAAACGACACGUUUCACUGCAGCUAUCCGGUGUAUGUGACAAUAUAAAUGUUUUAUUUAAAAAAAUGUGUAUGCUUGUGUGCCCACAAGCAUGUGGGUGGGGGUAUUGGUGUUUGUAGGUAUAUUUGAGCUCUCAACGUGUGUGUGUGUGUGUUGUGCCUGGAAUGCGGAGCACCGGUGUCUCUUUAGGGGAGGGGGGGGAUGGUUGACAGUGUUGGGGACCGAGAGUCUUUGUUCCAUCCCCCCCCCCCCCCCCCCCCCCCAUCCAUCUAUCCAUCCAUCGCUCGCUCCAUCCAUUUUGGCAGCUGUCACUUAAUCCAUCUAAUCACUGAGGGAGAGGGUGUGUGUUAAACGAGACUGACUGGCCCUCUCUUCGCUCGCGCGCAACUGACGCUGUCUCUCUCCUGAUGCUAACAUCACUCUCUUUAUGACAUACUCACACAAGAAUACAGACACUCUCUCGCGCUACCGCUCUGUUUUUCUCACAUACACACAAACACGUAAUAGAAACACACACACACACACACACACACACACACACACACACACACACACACACACACACACACACACACUCCCCUCUUGCGCUAACAAGUCUCUCACUCACACACACACACGCAUACCCCCCCCCCCCACACACACACGGAUGCACACAUCUUAUACACAGAUAAUCACCAUUCCGGACCCCCAUUAAUGUACAUAUUCAUACGAGGCCCCUCACGCAUGGACACACACUCAGACAGGGGCGGGGGGGGGGAUGGGCGGAAAGGUCAGAAGCCGCGCUGCAUGUCGUGGGAUGAUCCAUGUUCAUGUCAAAUAAUCCAUCUUUGGCGAGGCGCAUCUGUUGUGUGUCUGCAUCGGACAGGAGGGUGGCAGACAGGCAGCAAUCCUACGCGCGCCAUAGCCAAGCCCCCUGUCCCCAGCCUGCCUCUCUUACACACACACACACACCCCCAGACAACACACUUUAAUCCCACAGCAGUGCACAGCCAGCCAGCCAGUAGGAUUCCCUCGAUCAGAUCAACAACAAACACACACACACACACCACCAUCCCCCCCCCCCCCCUUUUUCUCUCUCUCUCUGUGCCUCUCCCCCGUCAUACUAACUUUACGAUCUCCCUCAUUAGACACACAGUGCCGUUAUCAUAGCCACAGAGUUAGUCAUAAAUACUGGAGACCUGCCCAUGACGUUUGACAUGAUGACAGUGGUUGUGUGACGUACUGCAAAGAGGCUAUUUAGGUCAGCUGGUUGCUUAGCAGUGUGCCCUGCUGGCCAGCUAGAUUUUUACCCCAGCGGUGGUCAUGUUAUGACGCUGUGUUUGCGGUCGGUUAUUGUAAGCUGUUGCGUCAGCUGUAGAGACCGCUUGUGACGUUUUGUUACAUCACAUUGGCAAUGGUGGAGGGUAGUAGGACUAACGACGUGGGUUGAAUGUAGUGGUUGCAAAGUGUUAUUGGCCCGGUCCAGACAGCAACAACCCUUAGCCCCUAGAGGCACGUAUAGAUUUGAAACCAUUGCGUAGGUGUAAGUAAUAUGAAAAUGUCAAAUUUGCCUACCAGAGGACAAAGUGGAUCUACAACUAUAUUGGUUGUUAUCCAAUCUUUCUAUUAAAUGCCUAUAGGGGGAGUAGUCUGGAUGAGUUGUUCCGUUUCACUUCACGAUUUCAUUCCCAGAGGGGGGGUGGGAGGGAGGAAAAGGGACGUGUCUGAGUCUGACCCUGUUUCUGCUCCCCAUCACCUGACUGAUGGUACAGUAUCCUCAGUUAAUCAUGGUAUAUCCUACACUGAGUGUAUAAAACAUUAGGAACUGUGUAACAUUGUGGUCCUCUGUAGCUCAGCUGGUAGAGCACGGCGCUUGUAACGCCAAGGUAGUGGGUUCGAUCCCCGGGACCACCCAUACACAAAAAAAAAAUGUAUGCACGCAUGACUGUAAGUCGCUUUGGAUAAAAGCGUCUGCUAAAUGGCUUAUUAUUAUUAUAAUAUUAUUAUUAUAUUAGGAACACCUGCUCUUUCUAUGACAGGCUGACCAGGUCAAUCCAGGUGAAAGCUAUGAGCACGUAUUGAUGUCACUUGUUAAAUCCACUUCAAUCAGUGUAGAUGAAGAGGAGGAGACAGGUUAAAGAAGGAUUUUUAAGCCUUGGUAUGGUAGUAGGUGCAAGGUGCACCGGUUUGAGUGUGUCAAGAACUGCAACGCUGCUGGGUUUUUCACAUUCAACAGUUUGCCGUGUGUAUCAAGAAUGGUCCACCACCCAAAGGACAUCCAGCCAACUUGACACAACUGUGGGAAGCAUUGGAGUCAAUAUGGGCCAGCAUCCCUGUGGAACGCUUUCGACAACUUGUAGAGUCCAUGCCCAAAUUGAGGAAAAAAACCCCAGAAAAUCACAUUGUAGGAUUUUUAAUGAAUUUAUUUGCAAAUUAUGGUGGAAAAUAAGUAUUUGGUCACCUACAAACAAGCAAGAUUUCUGGCUCUCACAGACCUGUAACAACUUCUUUAAGAGGCUCCUCUGUCCUCCACUCGUUACCUGUAUUAAUGGCACCUGUUUGAACUUGUUAUCAGUAUAAAAUACACCUGUCCACAACCUCAAACAGUCACACUCCAAACUCCACUAUGGCCAAGACCAAAGAGCUGUCAAAGGACACCAGAAACAAAAUUGUAGACCUGCACCAGGCUGGGAAGACUGAAUCUGCAAUAGGUGUGGUCCUCUGUAGCUCAGCUGGUAGAGCACGGCGCUUGUAACGCCAGGGUAGUGGGUUCAAUCCCCGGGACCACCCAUACACAAAAAAAAAAUGUAUGCACGCAUGACUUGUAAGUCGCUUUGGAUAAAAGCGUCUGCUAAAUGGCUUAUUAUUAUUAUUAUUAUUAUUAUUAUUAUUAUUAUUAUUAUUAUUAUGAUGUAAGCAGCUUGGUUUGAAGAAAUCAACUGUGGGAGCAAUUAUUAGGAAAUGGAAGACAUACAAGACCACUGAUAAUCUCCCUCGAUCUGGGGCUCCACGCAAGAUCUCACCCCGUGGGGUCAAAAUGAUCACAAGAACGGUGAGCAAAAAUCCCAGAACCACACGGGGGGACCGAGUGAAUGACCUGCAGAGAGCUGGGACCAAAGUAACAAAGCCUACCAUCAGUAACACACUACGCCGCCAGGGACUCAAAUCCUGCAGUGCCAGACGUGUCCCCCUGCUUAAGCCAGUACAUGUCCAGGCCCGUCUGAAGUUUGCUAGAGUGCAUUUGGAUGAUCCAGAAGAGGAUUGGGAGAAUGUCAUAUGGUCAGAUGAAACCAAAAUAUAACUUUUUGGUAAAAACUCAACUCGUCGUGUUUGGAGGACAAAGAAUGCUGAGUUGCAUCCAAAGAACACCAUACCUACUGUGAAGCAUGGGGGUGGAAACUUCAUGCUUUGGGGCUGUUUUUCUGCAAAGGGACCAGGACGACUGAUCCUUGUAAAGGAAAGAAUGAAUGGGGCCAUGUAUCGUGAGAUUUUGAGUGAAAACCUCCUUCCAUCAGCAAGGGCAUUGAAGAUGAAACGUGGCUGGGUCUUUCAGCAUGACAAUGAUCCCAAACACACCGCCCGGGCAACGAAGGAGUGGCUUCUUAAGAAGCAUUUCAAGGUCCUGGAGUGGCCUAGCCAGUCUCCAGAUCUCAACCCCAUAGAAAAUCUUUGGAGGGAGUUGAAAGUCCGUGUUGCCCAGCGACAGCCCCAAAACAUCACUGCUCUAGAGGAGAUCUGCAUGGAGGAAUGGGCCAAAAUACCAGCAACAGUGUGUGAAAACCUUGUGAAGACUUACAGAAAACGUUUGACCUGUGUCAUUGCCAACAAAGGGUAUAUAACAAAGUAUUGAGAAACUUUUGUUAUUGACCAAAUACUUAUUUUCCACCAUAAUUUGCAAAUACAUUUUUCCUCAAUUUGUCUGUCAUAGUUGACGUGUACAUAUGAUGAAAAUUACAGGCCUCUCUCAUCUUUUUAAGUGGGAGAACUUGCACAAUUGGUGGCUGACUAAAUACUUUUUUCCCCCACUGUAAAUGCCUUAAUCGGCGCAUGUGCUAGCACCAGCCGAGCGAGCCUCCCUCUUUAGCGCGAGUUAAGUGAGUUCAGAACAACUGACAGUAUGUGAAAACUACCUAAGCAUACAAACUUUUUAUGUCCGAAAUCAAUCAAAUAUGCUUAGCAAAAAUAACAUGGUCGCUGUGGAAGAACGUUUAUUUUGAUUGCCGGUUUUCUUCAUUUAUCGGAGUGCCAUCAGGUAGCCUGAUUUCAGAUGUGUCCAUGUAAACAGGAUUAAUAGAGAAAUCCUUCUUCUUGAAAAGCAUGUACAUUUUAAUCAAACUAUUAUAUUAAUCUGACUGACUAUCCACAAUAAUCGCAUUGUGUGCAUGUAACCGCACUCACUGUUUUUAAAGUCACCAUUGGCCUCAUGGUGAAAUCCCUGACCGGUUUCCUUUCUCUCCGGCAACUGUGUUAGGAAAGACGCCUGUAUCUUUGUACUGACUGGGUGUAUUGAUUCACCAUACAAAGUGUAAUUAACUUCACCAUAUUCAUAUUCAAAGGGGUAUUCAAUGUCUGCUUUUUAAAAAAUUUACCCAUCUACCAAUAGGUGCCCUUUUGUGAGGCAUUGGAUAACCUCCCUGGUCUUUGGUUGAAAUCCUAUUUGAAAUGAACUGCUUGACUGAGGGACCUUACAUAUAAUUGUAUGUGUGGGGUACAGAGAUGAGGUAGUCAUGAAAAAAAUCAUGUAAAACACUAUUAUUGCACGGAGUGAGUCCAUGCAACUUAUGUGACAUUUUUACUCCUGAACUUAUUUAGGCUUGCCAUAACAAUGGGGUUGAAUACUUAUUGACAAAAUAUGUAAGCUUUUCAUAUUUUUAAUUUUUUGCAAACUUUUCCAAAAACAUAAUUACAAUUUGACAUUAUGGGGUAUUUUCUGAAGGCACUGUAUAUUAUACCUACAACCCAAUGUUAUGUUUUAAAUCUUUAAACAUCUUUAAUUAGGGUCAAAGUUUGAACAAUUGAUUUUUUUUUUUUAUUACUCUUAGUUAACUACAUAAAACCAUGUGAUUAACUAUUUAUUUGUGUAAUAAUUUGACAGCCCUAUUUUCAACGCACACACAUUGUGCAUAGGCCAUGUGGCUCCCAUGGCUCUCUUUUUUUCAGGCAAAGUUCACCUGUGGCGCAUUCCUAGUCGAGGGGUAACACUCUUUGGCAGAAUGCACACGUUAGAGCCCCGAUGGUCAUGAGUUCAAUCCCUGCCUUCGCCUUUCCAGCAUUCUCUCUUUGUAACUUCUAUCCCCCAUCCAUUUCAAUAAUGUCUCAAUAAAGCUCGAAAUGUGCAUAGAUAUAAUGUAUCAAUAAAGUUCGAAAUGUGCACGGAAGGUGGAAUUACACUGAUAAUGCCUUUUGUAAAUUGUUCUUUAUUUGUUGUUUCCAGAGAAUAUGACUGACUCUCUCCAUCUCUCUGUCUAGCGGGCGUACACCCUCAUCGUAGAGGCCUGGGACUGGGACAACUCCACCCGCAACAGUGAGUACAAGAAUGCAUACACCCACUCGCCCUGUCUUUCCUUGCCAUUACAAUGGUUACAGCUGUUGUGCAAUUUUUGGAGACACUUUAUUGACACGGCAGCGCUUCUGUAGCUAGCAGAAUAGAAUUGGAGCAUUUGCUAACUAAGUGUAAACGGUUUUAGCUGGCUAGCUAAUCAUCUUGGCUAACUUUGGGAAGUGAAACAAUUCACUUAUUUACUGAUGAUUAGCCAUUGGAAAUCUCUUUGCCAUUUUGGAGACUGCUAGUUUAGUGUCUCCAGUAAUGUUUGUCACAAUUUGUAACGUCUCCACUUUCCAAUCGUAUAAUGGUCCCACCUGACCAAAGGGAACAUCAGAGGGUAGCUAGGUGGCCAUUGUUUUAGUUCCUUGGAGUUUAGAUUAAUGGAAGUGAUGCAAUUUUAGAUUAAAUGUACUGCUCCUCUGUAGGGAGAUAAGGGGUUUAGGUGUGUAGCAGUGGGUUGCUCAGAUAUCUGGAAAUGUCCUGGCUUGCCUCGACCAAAACACCUGGAGUGCCAUGGGCUCGACAGUAAAAAAUUUAAAUUUCUUCAAACAGUUUUUUAGCCUAAUAAAUCCUCAAUGGAGUUAUAUUAAAAAAUAUAUAAUAAUUGAGCAAAGUGUUCAAGGCUGGAGUGAGUGUGUGUGCGUGCAACUACAUGUGUUUGCAUGCUCGCCCCACUUUUGCCACAUGGGCAUGUCCUUUUUUGAUAGGAUUGGGGUCCCUACCACAAAUCCGGUGAUCGUAGAACAUUUUGGUGUCGGAUACUCUGUCAACCCCCUCGCACAGACCGGUCUGCUCCUACCUUGACAGAACAUAGACAUUAAGUCCUAGCUCUGCAUAACAAUCUAUAGGCCAAUUGGUGGAAAUGUCUAGAGAAAACCCUGUAUGGAUCUUUGCUCCGAGGGUCUGCCACUGCUCGCUCCGUGCGCCACCUUUCGGCAGCUGUAUCCUGUUUUCUCUCUGGGCUGUCCUCUGGGUGUGCUCCCAUCUCCCCUUUUUGCCGCUUGAGGAAGUGUUGGGAGGAAGGCGCAGCACUGAUGGAGGAAUGUAGCAUAUGUGAGAAGAGGUGGUGGUGGACGCUAGUGUCUGUGCGUGUGGCCCUUUGACUGUCCUACUGAACAUACUACUAACUGCACAGACUACUGAAUGCAUUGAUUGUGUAUCCUGGUGAACGCUGCAUGUACUGUAACUGCUGCACUUUGCAUUGACCUUUCACGUUUAGGCGGCGGUCAGAAAGGGAUUGUAUAAAUCUGUAAAAAAAUGGAUGAUCCAAUAGCUUUUCAGUGGCUCGUAUGUUGACGGAAGACAAUGAGGACGGAGAGCAUCCACACUUAUUAUGCAACUUGUUACUUUUGAUGGACUAAUGUAAAUGUGUACAUGCUUUUCAUCCGUUUUUCGUCAGUGUCUGUCUGGCCACGGCCUGAUGCGUCAUUCACAUUAACCAUAAGUACUCUGUUACGUUGCGCCGGAUGUCAAUCAUUUGAAUGGGGACCGUCCAUAGUGUGGAAUCGCAAUGCCCCCUUGCGGUUGAAGGCUCCGUUUGGAGACGGAUACUCUGCGUCUUCAGUCCGGCCAGAGUCCAUCGAUUAACAGGAAGUUACCAAACCACAGAAGAUGAAAAUAUGUGGUUUAUGGGAUAGCUAGCAACUUGUAAACAAUUACCCAUUCCUAUAAGUGAGUACUAUUUUAUGUUAAAAAGAAUAAACAUUUAAGCCAAUUAUACUUUCUGUUGUGUCCCCUUUUAGUUUGUGAUUGUAAUGCCGUUUGUUUUUGAUGAUUAUUAGGUGGAGGUCGCUAGCUACAGUAAAGCCUAGCUUUUAGCUAGCUAGCUGCUCUGUAAGAUGGCUUGACUUGCUAGAACGUUAUAGAAACAAGUUGAGGAAAAAGUAACUAAACAAAAUAUUUUAUCAACUGAAACGAUAUGUUUCUCCUGUCUUGAAUGGAAAUGUUAUAUUUAGCAAUCUCCCAUAUUAAAUGCGAUCUCUGACAAGAGACUCCAUCUUGUCUUGCGUUGUGAAACAACGAGAUUGAGUGAAGUUGACAUACGGCGUAAUGAAAUGCGUCACGAUGCAAACGGGGCAUUAGUCCUAGUUUACUUGUUGAAAUUAAAUGAGUGUGGCUGUAAGCCAUUAAGGCAGACUUAGCUGACUGGGUGGCUAGCUACUGGCUAAUUAGCUCUGCAGCUGCAGCGCUAGCCCUUUAGCCCCAUGCUGAUGUCACCAUGCUCUAAUGGCUGCCAAACUGCAAAGUACUGUGGCAUCCACAUGAACUCAGCAGCAGCUCUGUCAAUCGGUCUGUAUGAGUUUGAGUUGGUUUGAUUUAUUUUAUUAUUAUAGUUUCAUGCAUAUUCAGGAUGCAUAGCCCACAUGGGCUUAUAAGACACAUUGCUAUAGCAAAAUUAAAUAAUCAUAUAUGUCAAUCUAUUCAUCUACACUACAUGGACAAAUGUAUAUGGACACCCCUUCAAAUUAGUGGAUUCGGCUAUUUCAGCCACACCCGUUGCUGACCGGUGUAUAAAAUCGUGCACACAGCCAUGCAAUCUCCAUAGACAAACAUUGGCAGUAGAAUGGCCCGUACUGAAGAGCUCAGUGACUUUCAACGUGGCACCUUCAUAAGAUGCCACCUUUCCAACAAGUCAGUUUGUCAAAUUUCUGCCCUGCUAGAGUUGCCCCGGUCAACUGUAAGUGGUGUUAUUGUGAAGUGGAAACCCGGGGGGGGGGGUGGGAGAGAAUUUGUUUACAUCCCUGUUAGUGAACAUUUCUCCUUUGCCAAGAUAAUCCAUCCACUUGACAGGUGUGGGAUAUCAAGAAGCUGAUUAAACGGCAUGAUCAUUACACAGGUGCACCUUGUGCUGGGGACAAUAAAAGGCCACUCUAAAAGGUGCAGUUUUGUCACACAACACAAUGCCCCAGAUGUUUCAAGUUUUGAGGGAGAGCGUGCAAUUGGCAUGCUGACUGCAGAAAUGUCCACCAGAGCUGUUGCCAGAGAAUUGAAUGUUAAUUUCUCUACCAUAAGCUGCCUCCGAUAUAAUUUUAGGGAAUUUGGCAGUACGUGCAACCGGCCUCACAACCGCAGACCACGUGUAUGACGUCGUGUGGACGAGCGGUUUGCUGAUGUCAAUGUGAAGAGUGCCCCAUGGUGGCGGUGGGGUUAUGCUAUGGGCAGGCAUAAGCUACGGACAACAAACACACUUGCAUUUCAUCAAUGACAAUUUGAAUGCACAGAGAUACGGUGACGAGAUCCCGAGGCCCAUUGUCGUGCCAUCACCUCAUAUUUCAGCAUGAUAAUGCAUGGCCCCAUGUCGCAAGGAUCUGUACACAAUUCCUGGAAGCCGAAAAUGUCCCAGUUCUUCCAUGGCCUGCAUACUCACCAGACAUGUCACCAAUUGAGCAUGUUUGGGAUGCUCUAGAUCGAGGUGUACGACAGCAUAUUCCAGGUCCAGCCAAUAUCCAGCAACUUCGCAUGCACGCACACAUGGCAGUGGAAAAACAAUUGAGAAAACAAAACAAAAGUUAUUGACUUUCAAGUAGUAUGUAUGUAUGUGACAACCAGAGAGGCACAGUAAGAUUUAGCAUUUGUGUGUGUUGACUCACCAGCAUUAUGUCCUCCAGUGGGGCCCCCGGGGACCUCAGGAAAGGGCCUGAAAGGCUGUUUGCGUUGUUGUGUUUAUCAAGCAGGAUGUGCUGCGGACGACUCAGUGUUUAGACACUGAACAGCGCGGCCCGGGGGGGCCAUUGUCCUCUAUCUGGAAGCACUGGGGGUUAUUUCUGUUAUUGUUGCUUAAUUCGUCUGACGUUGUCAGAGGAAGGUGUGUGUGUGUUUGCGCUCAUGAGAUUGGGAUGUGUGUUGCAAGGGAGGGGGGGCAGUCCGGCGCAUUGGGGCAGAGGAAAUUGCAGGCCCCGUAUUUCCUCUGCGUUUGUCGUCUCCGAUCCCACUGUGAUAAAGAUUGCCUUCUUUGUCGGAGCUGGCAGAGCAGAAAAAUGUAAUAGUUAUUGUGAGCGUAGCGUGCUGUUGGCUAGCAGCUAUCCAACCCCCCCCACCGCCUCCCUCCUGAUAGACGGCAAUGCCCUUUUGGAUGCAAAGAGCGUAGCGUUAUUAGCAUACACCACUGAGGAUAAGAAAACGGGCCGUUUUGCUGUAGAUUGAGUUGGGUAGUUAAAAUUCAGGUGGUCAUUUGCCGAUUGGACCACCAUAGAAUACAUUUGUGAGCAUCUCCCUCACACCACAGAUAGAUUUUUAUCUACUCUUUGUGUUGGUUGUAUCUGUAUGAACUAUUGAGAUAACAGUUCAGACUGCUGAGUUGGAUGUGGCCGGUCUUCCCAGGUUCAUCGGGGCAAGUUGUGUGUCUAGUGGAAGUUGGUUUCCUUUCUUUGGGUCUUCCUUCAUUAUCACUGAUUGAAUCGUUGGAAGCAAUAAACUAGAAUCCAAUUUACCAACAGUGGAAAGGAAUCCAUUUUAGCAUUGAUGCGCAGUCCUGGUGUAUUCUGGCAACCGUCAAUGACAAUGCCCUAGGUCAAGGGUCACCUUUUGGGUCGACGGCCACAUCGGGACUUUGAAAUUCAAUGAAGGGCCGCACAGUUAUUUUUUGGGACCGAUUUUUUGUUUUGUUUGUCAAAAUCAAUUAGCAGGCUAGAAAAAUGAUAGUUAUUUGAAAAUGUUAUACCCUUGCAAAAGCCAUUCUCUGUUGACAAUUCCAUUGACCCUCAGGACCAUUUCAAAAGUUUUUUUAUCUUCAUAACCUGAAACUUUCGUUUUAAUCUUCCUUUUUUGGCAGAUGACGAGGAGCUGCUGAUCGAGCGGAGCAUCCACACAAGCAUGAUCAACCCUGGUGACCACUGGCAGACCAUCCAGCACGAUGGGCCCGUGGCGCGCCUCGAGUACCGCAUCCGUCUGAAGUGCAAUGAGAACUACUAUGGCAGCAAGUGCAACAAGCAGUGCCGGCCACGCGACGACUACUUCGGUCACUACCGCUGCGAGCAGUCGGGCAACCGCGUGUGCCUGGAGGGCUGGAUGGGCGAAGACUGCCGAACGGGUGAGUUGGUGAUCUUGGCACGUUAGCAUGUGAUCCCAAUUCAGCAGAUGGGGGGGGGGAAUUCCAUAAUUCCAUCAGGUGGCAAUGGUAUAUGGGUACUGGGCAUGCUAGCAAGCUCCGAGUGCUAUAGGUCUGGCCUAUUAUUAAAUGUGGCCUUUAUUAAAAGCCACUCUAUGGCCUCCACCGCUUGAUAAAUGUACAUGGCUCGCUCCCCUGCUUUUAUAGUCCAUUGGUAAUCCACCUUGAUGUGCUGAAUACAUGCUUCCAAUACAAUGUAGUCGGUUUAAAGCUGCUAUAUGUAACAUUUUAGCGAUACGUUCAAUUCCAAUUGUUUUUGUGUAUGACUUAGAAAAACACAAUGGCUUUGCAUUAGUUUCUUCAGAGACUUGCACUAUUGUUAUAUUGUUUUCAACCUCUGAGGACCUCUUUUCUUGUAUACGCUGAAGCUGGCUAGCUAGGCCACUCUGACAGUAAAGAAACAUAAUGUCCAUCAGGGCCAUACAUAGACCUUUGCCCCGACUUUCAUUAUUCACAACUCGAAAUUCAUAACGUUCCAACUGCCUCUGUAGCCAAAAUGUCAACAUUUAUAGGCCUAUUUAUUUUCUGCAACAACAACACUCACUCAUCACACAUUGUAAGCAAGCUAGUGCCGGUGACUCCUAGGCCUAGAGACGACGAGAGUUGAUUGAAAUCGGGAAAAGAGUGGCUAUCAGCUGAUCAGAGCGAAUGAUGUAGAUAUGCUAGUUAGCUAUGCUUUCAAAACAAACUCCUUCUUUACUUGAUUUGAGUUUGUUCUGCUGCUGAUAUGUCUCUUACUGACAAGCAGUCGAAUUGCCCCAUUCUUUGUCCCUAACAGUGUGACAGAUCCAACUCAAAAGUAGCCUCCUACCAGUAUUCAAGUCUCCCUGCCUGGCACCCACAGCCAGUGGCCGCUGCAUGCAAGUCAGACGAGUGCACUCUUGGGAGGUGGUAUUUUAUGAGAUUCAAGAGCUUAUGAAAUUGGCCAGUUUGAUGUGCAAUUUGUUACAUUUAAAAUACAAAAAUAAGACAAAUAAAAAAUCCACUAAGCUGCGAGGGCACAUUUUCGUAGUAGGGCAAAAGGGCAGGUGCUCGGCAACUGGUUGAGUGCUCUCUGUGCACGAUGUCCGUUUUUAAUUUUCAUCUCAAGGAAUGAAAUUCCUUUACGACUUUAUCAUAGACAUUAUGUGGAGAAGAGAUGUUACCGAGUUCACCUUUUAAAGCUUGUUAGACUAGCCACUCCUGUCUAUUCCCCCUCAUGCUGCAGCUGUGAUGUGAAAAUAGCAUGUUCACACACUGGCACAGAGGCUCUCAGGACUGGGUGUUUCUAUGUAUCAUUCUUCAGUAGGCUACACCUGUCAAUCAACUGAUCAAUGCAUCCUACUGCAUGCUGUAGACUUAUAAAUAAGGUGGUAACAGACCAUUCAGUGCUUUAGGGCGUGUUCAUUGUCAUAGUGACAACUGCAAUUCAUACUUUAAUGUACAUGUAAUAAAACAUAUUGAAACUCAUAUUUAAAUGUAGCAAUUCAACAACAAACACUGUUUAGCCUGCACAUCUUUUACAUCAUGUCAUUGCUUGCCUCGUUGCUCAAGUGGUUUGCAAGUGAUUUAAAAAAAUAUAUAUGGUUGUCAAUUUUUUGGGAUCUUUUUCACUGUGCUCGUCUGUCCUGGGCAACCAUUUGCAAUGCAUCAGUGCAACAAUGUUAUCACACCAUUGCGCGCUCUCUCUCCUUUCAAACACCCCUAUUUUACAUUCAGCGAGCAAGCUGGAAUCUCUCCUCGAUAGGCUAGUAGUACUAAUUAAAAUGCUAUGAAUUAAGUGUACAACAAGCAAUUGGUGUCUAGUUUUUCCUGGGACUCCCAAGAGCUAAGAAGAGUAGCUGUAGCUGAGAGGCCAGGUGUGUAGAUGCGCAGAGAAAACCGUGUAGCCUAAGUUAGAAGCGUAUGCAACCCAUCAUGCAUUAGCUAAAUAUUAGGCCUAAUACUUCAGUGAAGCCUAUUCCAAUGAAUUUACAGGGAAAAAUAUAUAUAAUAUAAUAUUACCAAUCAAAAGUUUGGGGUCACUUAGACAUUUCCUUGUUUUUGAAAGAAUAAAUUUUUUUUUUGUCCAUUAAAAUAACAUCAAAUUGAUCAGAAAUACAGUGUAGACAUUGUUAAUGGCUAUUGUAGCUGGAAACGGCUGAUUAAAAAAAGAGAGAAAAAAGAGGAAUAUCUACAUAGGCGUACAGAGGCCCAUCAUCAGCAACCAUCAGUCCUGUGUUCCAAUGGCACGUUGUGUUUGCAUCCCGGAGUCGCCUCUUCACUGUUGACGUUGAGACUGGUGUUUUGCAGGUACUAUUUAAUGAAGCGGCCAGUUGAGGACCUGUGAGGCGUCUGUUUCUCAAACUAGACACUGUAAUGUAUUUGUCCUCUUGCUCAGUUGUGCACCGGGGCCUCCCACUCUUUCUGUUCUGGUUAGAGCCAGUUUGCACUGUUCUGUGAAAGGGAGUAGUACACAGCGUUGUACAAGAUCUUCAGUUUCUUGGCAGUUUCUCGCAUGGAAUAGCCUACAUUUCUCAGAACAAGAAUAGACUGAGUUUCAGAAGAAAGUUAUUUGUUUCUGGCCAUUUUGUGCCUGUAAUCGAACCCACAAUUGCUGAUGCUCCAGAUACUCAACUAGUCUCAAGAAGGCCAGAUUUAUUGCUUCUUUAAUCAGCACAACAGUUUUCAGCUGUGCUAACAUAAUUGCAAAAGGGUUUUCUAAUGAUCAAUUCACCUUUUUAAAUGAUAAACUUGGAUUAGCAAACACAACGUGCCAUUGGAACACAGGACAGAUGGUUACUGAUAAUGGGCCUCUGUACGCCUAUGUAGAUAUUCCGUUUCCAGCUACAAUAGCAAGUAGCUACAAUUUACAACGUUAACAAUGUCUACACUGUAUUUCUGAUCAAUUUGAUGAUAUUUUAAUGGACAAAAAAAUUGCUUUUCUUUCGAAAACGUGGACAUUUCUAAGUGACCCCAAACGUUUGAACGGUUUUGUGUACGUACGUACAUACAUACAUACAUACAUACAUACAUACAUACAUACAUACAUACAUACAUACAUACAUACAUACAUACAUACAUACAUACAUACAUACAUACAUACAUACAGUGGGGGAAAAAAUAGUAUUUAGUCAGCCACCAAUUGUGCAAGUUCUCCCACUUAAAAAGAUGAGAGCGGCCUGUCAUUUUCAUCAUAGGUACACGUCAACUAUGACAGACAAAUUGAGAAAAGAAAUUCCAGAAAAUCACAUUGUAGGAUUUUUAAUGAAUUUAUUUGCAAAUUAUGGUGGAAAAUAAGUAUUUGGUCACCUACAAACAAGCAAGAUUUCUGGCUCUCACAGACCUGUAACUUCUUCUUUAAGAGGCUCCUCUGUCCUCCACUCGUUACCUGUAUUAAUGGCACCUGUUUGAACUUGUUAUCAGUAUAAAAGACACCUGUCCACAACCUCAAACAGUCACACUCCAAACUCCACUAUGGCCAAGACCAAAGAGCUGUCAAGGGACACCAGAAACAAAAUUGUAGACCUGCACCAGGCUGGGAAGACUGAAUCUGCAAUAGGUAAGCAGCUUGGUUUGAAGAAAUCAACUGUGGGAGCAAUUAUUAGGAUAUGGAAGACAUACAAGACCACUGAUAAUCUCCCUCGAUCUGGGGCUCCACGCAAGAUCUCACCCCGUGGGGUCAAAAUGAUCACAAGAACGGUGAGCAAAAAUCCCAGAACCACACGGGGGGACCUAGUGAAUGACCUGCAGAGAGCUGGGACCAAAGUAACAAAGCCUACCAUCAGUAACACACUACGCCGCCAGGGACUCAAAUCCUGCAGUGCCAGACGUGUCCCCCUGCUUAAGCCAGUACAUGUCCAGGCCCGUCUGAAGUUUGCUAGAGUGCAUUUGGAUGAUCCAGAAGAGGAUUGGGAGAAUGUCAUAUGGUCAGAUGAAACCAAAAUAGAACUUUUUGGUAAAAACUCAACUCGUCGUGUUUGGAGGACAAAGAAUGCUGAGUUGCAUCCAAAGAACACUAUACCUACUGUGAAGCAUGGGGGUGGAAACAUCAUGCUUUGGGGCUGUUUUUCUGCAAAGGGACCAGGACGACUGAUCCGUGUAAAGGAAAGAAUGAAUGGGGCCAUGUAUCGUGAGAUUUUGAGUGAAAACCUCCUUCCAUCAGCAAGGGCAUUGAAGAUGAAACGUGGCUGGGUCUUUCAGCAUGACAAUGAUCCCAAACACACCGCCCGGGCAACGAAGGAGUGGCUUCUUAAGAAGCAUUUCAAGGUCCUGGAGUGGCCUAGCCAGUCUCCAGAUCUCAACCCCAUAGAAAAUCUUUGGAGGGAGUUGAAAGUCCGUGUUGCCCAGCGACAGCCCCAAAACAUCACUGCUCUAGAGGAGAUCUGCAUGGAGGAAUGGGCCAAAAUACCAGCAACAGUGUGUGAAAACCUUGUGAAGACUUACAGAAAACGUUUGACCUGUGUCAUUGCCAACAAAGGGUAUAUAACAAAGUAUUGAGAAACUUUUGUUUUUGACCAAAUACUUAUUUUCCACCAUAAUUUGCAAAUAAAUUCAUUAAAAUCCUACAAUGUGAUUUUCUGGAUUUUUUUUCCUCAUUUUGUCUGUCAUAGUUGACGUGUACCUAUGAUGAAAAUUACAGGCCUCUCAUCUUUUUAAGUGGGAGAACUUGCACAAUUGGUGGCUGACUAAAUACUUUUUUCCCCCACUGUGUGUGUGUAUAUAUAUAUAUAUAUAUAUAUAUAUAUAUAUAUAUAUAUAUAUAUAUAUAUAUAUAUAUAUAUAUAGAUAUAGAUAUAGUUUGCUCCCCAGGCUGCAUUCCAGUCCCCGUGGGCACGCAGCUCGACAAUCUCCCAAAUUUAAGGUUUUUGAUCAUAACUAGGGUAUAACAACACAAUGCAAUAAUGCAUUUUAUAAAAUGUUUCUAGUGAGUAAAGAAUUCUAGUCUAUGCUGUAAACUGCAGUGAAUAUGCCAUUUCAAUAACCGCUAAAAGCCCUGCGUUUUUGAAUACAUGUUUCAUUCCGAAAUAAUAAUCUUUCCUAGGCCUUAUUUUAGGCAACCGUUUGGAUCAGUAAUGGGUCUCUUCUCGACAGUUUACAAGGUCCAGAAAGCCAUUAGCAGGCCAGUAGGUGUGUAUUUCAUCAGGAUGUAUCGACGUUAACAGAUAGACCUACCAUCGGAGAAAAUAGCCUUCUGUUGCGCUGUUUGUCGUGGAUCGUCAUUCUCCGAAGUCGUCCUAUAAAGAAUUGCUCUGAAAGUGAUCCAAACGAUACCUCUCAUUAUUCACUCUUUGUAAUUAUCACUGUAGUGUGAACGCUCCUGUUCACUUGAAUUAGAACUAAUUAAACAUUUUUAUUGUUAUAUUUACCGUCCUUGGUGUGGACUGCCCUUUAGAAUGGGCCAGCUGCAGUGUAAAAGAGAGGUAGGGGGGAGUUGGUGGUAGUAUGGGGGAGAUGGUGGGGCUCACUAAAUCACCCGAUUUUGACCUUAGUAGUCAAGGGGUUAGAGGAGGGUGGAGAAGAGAGGGGAGGUUUUCUUUGGGGGUCCACGUUGUGUUGCACAUGUUUGAGUGAAAGCAAAUAAAAGAGCCCCCUACUCCUCCAUAUGCCCUUCCCUCUCUUACUCUCUUUCCUCCUCUUUCUGGCUCUUUCUCUUAAUACUCUCUCUUCUCGUUCACCCUCUUUUACUUUAUCUCCCGCUCCUCUUCCACCCUCUCUACUCCCUCCCCCUCUCUCUCACAGCGAUCUGCAAGCAAGGCUGCAACCUGUUACAUGGAGGCUGCUCAGUCCCGGGGGAAUGCAAGUAAGAUCCUUUUAACAUCUCUCCCUAUCACAACUAAUUUGAGCUAAGCGAUACAAAGUAAUAUUGUUUUAUGACCAAGGUGUUCAGCCUACGAUGUAACUUAGAAAUAUGAUAUCAAUAUUUGUGGUUGAGCUGAACUAUUAGAAUGGAGUCAUGAGUGCAUUGAGACAUGGUCCGUGUCAAAUUUUCUUCACAAUACAACAGGCUCGUUCUCUUCAGGACAACUCAGGGUAUAACUCCAUGUCAUUUUGUAACUGUACAUCAAACAUAGUGAUCAUAAAUGUUGACGCUGUAUAUGAGUUUUAUGAUAUGGAAAUGUGAAGUGCACAUUUGGACUGGUGUUUUGCUUGCUUGUAUGACAUCAAAGCGGUAUUUAUUAGAAUCCUCAACGUCUCAUCUUUCAAAAUACAUAGAGUCCUCGUAAUUUACAGCAUUUCCCCCUCUCAGACAACAAAACAUUUGCAAAAGUUUCCCAAUUAGCGGUAGGAAUGGGGGCAACUUCUUCAGAACGACUGUCAGUCAAAACCCGUACAGAGCUGUGAUGCAUAGACCGUGAGCUCUGACGUCAUGUAUAGCAUGUUACUGAACAGCCACUGCGUUCCAAUUUAGGAGCUUAUCAGUGUCCAAAUCUGCCCAUUUCAACCCGUAUAAGGGUACGCGUGUAAAGGGCUACGGAAAUGGAGAGCCUGAUAUAUAUGGUUCCCUGUGAAGGGAGGAUAUGACACAACAGGAAAUGACACAAUAUCCUGUCAAUCACCUAAACUUCCCGCCUUCCCCCGCCUUCCCAAUUCCCCCAACCAACCCCCAGUCUUACAGGAUGGACUGACUGGCUUCCCUGCCGUCAUCAGGAAGGGAGCACUGGUACGAGCCAGACUAUUGCUAACAGACCACUCAGAAUGUGCCGGGGUUGAGUGAGCGGCAAACUCACUUCCUCGCUCCGUAACAACGAAUCCAAAGGAAAGGCCUCUUCCUAACUCGAUCCAAAGUAAUUUUUUGUUGAGGCACCUCCCAGCGGGCCCGGACAGUACAGGCAAAAGAAACGUGACAGGGGAAUGUGAGGUCUUGAGCUGCUGCGGUUCACUGUGUGGGUGGGUACACAGGCUGUUAUAUUGGUCGUAGCAAUAGACUUGCCCUGACACAUAAAAAAAAAAAAAAUGAAUCAAUACAGUAAUAUGAGAUCUGUAUGUAAAAUACACAGGAUACAAAUAUUACAUUCCAGCUAAACAAUGGAUAUAUAUCGUUUUGUGACAACCCAUUUUAAUACACAUCUAAAAACUGAUAAUAGUCAUAUUUUACAGACACAUAAAGGUACCCAUAAGCAUUCAUUUCUGAAGAAAAAACACAAAUGUAAAAAAUGUCUAUAUAAUGUUUUGGAAAUACUAUGUGAUACUACUAGUAAAUGCGUAUCCUGGCAACCCCAUGGGCCGAGUGUACACUUAAGUUUAAAUAUACACACAAUCGCCCUUGGGCAGCCUCAUAGGCACACAGAGUUUGGAAAGCUCUCUGGGGGGGGGGAUUGGACUGGAGCUGUUUUUGUUGUAUAGGCUGGAGACAUUAACAGCUAUAGUGAAGCUUAGCAUAGUUUGUUUCUGUCUUGCUCUUUGGGGUCUAGUACUGUAAAGCACAUUUUAUAAUGUAGAAAUACAUUUGAAUUUGAUUCUGGAUUUGUUUUUACAUAGAACAAAUUCACAUCUCUUUGUGGCUAUAUAUUGCUGCAUAAGGUAUCUUUAGUUUGAGUAUAAGUGGAGAAUGGGCCUAAAUGUCUGAACCCUUUAUGAGUUUGAAAUACCUAGCUUCAAUCUUACUUUUAUUUAUACUCCUACCAUGACAACAAUGGACGAAGGGGAAACAUUUGACUGGCCUCCGAUGCAAAUUAACUGACUUCAACCAUGCAAAAGAUCUAACUAAUGUUUUGCUUCAACGUUAGCCUGAGGCAUUUUACCCGUUAGCGUAGCAUUAGCCUUACAACAAGGGGACCUCCCUCUAGUGCAGGGUUGUCAAACAUAUGGCCCGCAAGCCCAUUCAAUCUGUCCCACAGGGAAAAACGAUCUUAAGCGACAUUGAAAUGACCGAAACUGUGUAGAAAUGAUAAUGGACCUACAUUGUUAGUCUUUUCACUCUGUCCAGCUUGCUAACAGUCAUCAAAAUGAAAGCUAAAGACAAUUUUUGGCAAAUUUUGACAGUGAGAAAAUAUAAUACAGUUUAAGUGCAGCACUCUGGACCUUGGUGAAGACCGAAUGCGGCCCGCGGGGCGAAACGAGUUUGGCAACUCUGCUCUAGUGGUUAGCAUAAAUAUUCGCACAGCUGCAAUGAAUGUGCUUGUGUUGGCGCUACUGCUAACAGGACUCCUCAAGCCACUCCUAUACGGUGGAGCAGCAUGGUAAGUAUGCGUCAAUUCCCCCUAGUUAGCAUGGCUAGUAGUAGAAAUUCUGUGCUUGUGUUAGCGUUACUGCUAACAGGACUCUUCUCAAGCCUCCUAUACAGUGGAGGAGCAGCAUGCUAGGUAUGCGGCUAGCAGAGUUAUGGAGACCUUGCCUGUGAGAGGAGCAGCAGCUGGACGUGCUGGUGCUGCAGGAGAGCGAGGCUCAAAAUAGCCCCAGCCGCUUCGAAACUGACAAGACAGCUGGGCUGACUGACGGCUCUGGAUCGGAAAACCACUGGCCUUGGAAUAGCAGGGUGCUGCUGUGUGAAACGAUGAUUGGUGUGCACACACACUGAUGCUUUGACUCGCCACACACACCGCGUACCGCCACAACAGUCUAGGAACCCCUCCACUCACACACAUACCCCCCCCCCCCCCCCAUGGUAUGGGCACCCCAUGGAAGUAUUCUUAACCUCUAGUGCCCUGGAAUGUCUGCUUCUGCUAAGAUUAGUUGGCACAAGGCCUUGAGAGGUUCACUGUCUGUUGGAUUCAUUAGAAUUACUUGCUCAGGCUUAUGAUGGUGCUCUUUCGUCCAAUCCCAACUAAGCCCCUAUCCCCUAUUGCUCUUAGCAAUAUGUCUACAAUUCCACCUUGCCUAUUAGAAGGAAAAGGUGAGCUUGUUCAUACAAUGCUUUACACCUAUUCAAUCCUAUCAGAUCCACACAAGUGCGGUCAAAGGGUUCAAGGGUUUGUUUGUGAUUGACAGUAGCCUGACUUUUUCCACAGAAGAAAACGUACUGAAACACUGACUACCUGGACUUGUCUCAUGAGAAACGCUCAUUCUGUUAAAACACAUUUUCCAUUGCAUGCCUUAAUGAACAUGACGCGUGUGUUGAUGGCGCUUGCCCUUGAUGUCCACAGGUGCAACUAUGGCUGGCAGGGCCAGUUCUGUGACGAGUGUGUCCCCUACCCAGGCUGUGUUCACGGGACCUGUGUCAACCCCUGGCAAUGUAGCUGUGAGCGCAACUGGGGAGGCCUGCUCUGUGACAAAGGUAAGGCAUAGGCGCACAUACAAACACGCGCACAUACACACAAUGGCUUGUAUUUUAAGUGAAAUCAAGUCAAAUACUGUACAUUAUAAAAGGGAUGUUUCCACCCAGGUAGAUGCCAAUCUUUCCCAGUCAUUUGGGAUUGAGGUCUGAUGACAAUACCUGAUGCAUGUAACAGAAAAGUGGUGUGGAAUAAGGACUGAGCAUGACCAAUUUUAGAUGUAAUUUAUGAAAACUUUAAACUGUAUGCGCAUAUUAAACUGUGUGUGUCUGUGUGUGUGAGAGUAUAUACGCACGCGCACACACUACAUGACCAAAAGUAUGUGGACACCGGCUCGUCGAACAUCUCAUUCCAAAAUCAUGGGCAUUAAUAUGGAGUUGGUCCCCCCUUUGCUGCUAUAACAGCCUCCAUUCUUCUGGGAAGGCUUUCCACUAGAUGUUUGAACAUUGCUGCCAUGACCAGAACAUGCCUACUAGUGCCAGUGAAGCAAAACUAUUGCACCGUAACAAAUAGCAUUACUGCCUCUUACGACAAGCAUGUUUUCUGCUUGUUGUGGCGUCAGCAUUGCCGGCUGCUGUGGAGACUAACCUUAUCCCCUUAGUGACUGAUCCUGGACCUACUUAUGUUGCUUUAUUUCCUAUACAUAAUGCAUGAAUUAAAGUACAAAACGGCCUGAUUUCCCAAAUGCAUCUUAAGGCUAAGUUUAUCGUGAGAACCUUUGUAGGAGCAUUGUUUCUCAAAACCAUUUACUAUAGUUGCACUUGAAAUUGCUUGUUAUUUACCGACUGCCUCAGAACAGCUCAGUCCGUCAUUAGAUGCAUUUUUCCCUACCGCUUCAUUUUAUACACAGAAAAUCUCAGCUAAACAUUAUUAUAGGGUAAGCAUUAGAGUAAGCCACCUCAAUAUUUGCAGCCAUAGGUGAUGAUAUAUUUCUAGGAGCUAACCCAUCGUCCGUAUUGUGGAAUUGGAAUGUUAAGGUAAGAAUUUCAUGUAGAAAGCUAAUCUGAGAGCAGCAUUACCUUUCUUUCGAUCCUAUCUGUAUCGACACUGCCUUAACCACGCACUUAGCGAACGUUCUGUCUGCGUUUUGGGGAACGCAUGUUACAUCUUUGGCCGUUGUGGGGAAAAAUCCAUCGUUAAAACAAUCGUAAGCCUAAGUUCCAUCGCUAUCGGGACACCGGGCCCAAAGCCUGACCAUUUUUAUGAAGUUGCCUCAUAGACAAUGAUCUAAGAUCAGUUUAGCCUUUUUACCCCUUGUAAUACUUAAGCUUAAGAGUUGGCGAGGGGAAACUAAUCCUAGAGGAAACCUCUAACCAGAGCAAACAAUCAGGCCCUACUAAUGAGUGGUGGAGAUGGAUACUGGUGACUACUGCAAAGGGACGUCCAUCUAGCUGUUAGCAUAGUUAUAUAAACACAUAACAUGGCUACUACAUAGUAAUAGUAGUAAUGCUGCAUUUUUGUUAGCGUGGUGUUAGCGUUACUGCUAAAAGGAUACUGGUGUUGGGCCCUUAUUUGAGUUGAUACUGAUGGUUACAGCAGAGGACAUCCCUCUAGCUGUUAGCAUAAACAACUAGCACAUAGUAGUAAUUCUACAUUUGUGUUAAUCUCUCCACUUACUUCACUCCGUUAUUAUACGUGUGUGCGCUUGGGGGGAGUCCGUUUAUUUUAUUUUUUUUACGCAUACCUUUUGGUAAUAUGAUACCUUGCCGGUCCAUGCAUUCCUAGCCUCCCAAAUGGCAACAUUCACAAGGGAGUGUUGUCUUCCCAUUUUGUGGUAAAGGCAAAGAAGAAUGACUUUGAAAACAUCACUACUCUAUGCUAAUUUGAAAGAAAACCAACUGCAUAUUUAAAUAAUAGCUAAAUGUAAUGAAAGUUUAGGUUUGUUUUACAUUACCUUGUUUUUUGCCUGCCAGUAGGCUACUCUGCUAGCAGCUUGCUAGCUAGCUGGCUAAAAUCAGCAAGCAAGCUAGCCGUUUAGCAUCCCACAUUUCCCCUAUGUGAAAUAAUCAGAUUUAUAAGUAAUAUUCCCUGGCAAAUAUUUUUAUACUUGCCAGUGUUUCCUACCACAUUAUCUCAGUUUGAUAUGCUGCUUGAAUAUAUUAGCUCCCUUAUCAGAUAAAUAGAAUGUCAUCAUUUUUCCUCAGAGAAAAAAAGUACAUGGCUGCAGAUUUUUACCAUUUCAAAACAGCCUAGAAUCAUGUACUUUUUACUUCUAAACAAAAUACCUUUUGGGGGGAUUUUAAGGCUACAAUGUUUGGUGUAUAGUUUGAACAGUCGCUGAGAUUAUAUUUGGUUAUCAAUGCAAAAUAGACCGCUUAUUUGAUGCGAAGCCUAUAGGCAGGACUACGUACUACAAGGACACACCCAUUUUGUGACGAAAAAUGACAUUCACAUACUGCAUUACACUCUGAAUCAUUGUGUACAGUCUGUCGAGCUUCUUAGGGUGACGUUAGCAUAGUGAUAGUGUCACCGCUAACAGGAUACUGGUGUCAAGCCCUUAUUGUAGUGGCCAUAGGGACACCCAAUCCUCCCUCUGCCCUCCGUCACUGAGUGCUUUCUAGGAUGAGAGGAAGCCCAGAGGUCCCUAGUGGGGUCUGAUCCCUCUUUAUUUAUUCACAAGUCCUUUAGGGGGAAAAACAGAACAGCCUCAUGGCUCGAUACAUAGUACUACGGAAGUGUACGGUGUUGGCUGACAUUUGUUGCGUCCCAAAUGGCACCCUACUCCCUUUAUAGUGCACCCCUUUUGCGCUAUUUGGGACGCACCCAGUGUAUGCUUUCCAAAUCUAAAUUCCCCUAGCCUGUAGACAAAUACUUUUUUGUAGAACUGAACAGUAUUUAAAUAUGCGCUGUAUUGGCUAUAUGGGAAUACUUUAGCUCCAUCUUUCCUUCAGAUAGGCUUACACCUUUCCAGUCAUUUCAGAUCUACACAAAGUGGGUGGUAGGGGCUGGAAUUGUGUAUGCUGACUAUGCCCAGGAUGACUGCACAACUGCUAGCAUGCAGAGAACCAGAAUGAUAGGGAUGGGGGUUUGAUUUGGCGUUCAUAAUCUGUGUGUAUUUCGUGUGUGUGCAUGCCCAGAUCUGAACUACUGUGGCAGAUACCAGCCGUGCGUGAACGGCGGCACAUGCAUGAACACGGAGCCGGAUGAGUAUCGCUGUGCCUGUCCCGACGGCUACUCUGGCAAGACCUGCGAGAUAGGUGAGACACAGAAUUCAAGCUACUACUCAAAAAGGCUAAAAGGCCCAGCUACUCCCUGCCCCCUUCACCUAGUUCCUAGCUGGCUACCUCCUUGUUUUUCACAAAUACUUUGGAUGGGCUUAAAGGCCCGUUCCAUGUUGACCCCCCUGCCCUCUUCCCCUAGCUCCUAGCUACCACUUCUGUUUUCACAGGUUCUCCAGGUGACCUUAAAGGACCUGUUCCAUUUUGACCCCUUGAGGACUUUUCCCAGAUGUUGACCUGCUCGUUUGUAUAGUGAUGUGUUUGUGUAUCUGCACGUGUGUGUGUGUGUGUUCUACAGCUGAGCACGCCUGUGUGUCCAACCCGUGUGCCAACAGCGGCACGUGCCAUGAGGUCCCGUCUGGCUUCGAGUGCCACUGCCCGCCGGGAUGGGAGGGGCCCACCUGCGCCAACGGUGAGAAGAACACCCCUUCUUUCUGUUUAUUCAUCGCCCUCCAUAUCUGUAACUCAUCCCUGCAGUAGCGUCUGUCUGUCUGUCUGUCUGUGUGUGUGUGUGUGUGCGUGCAUGCAUGUUUCUGUGAGGGGCCCCCGGCUUCAUAGGGGCCAGGAUUAGACACCCCACUGACACCCAUCGGGCAGAAGACUCACCCGGAGGAGGGGGGGAUUUGCAUAAUCUGCCCUCCCUUUGAACCAGGCCGCAUUGGUGGCACUGGGAAUGUGUCUUUGCCACCCUUCUUAUCCAUCUCUCAUCGUUGUGGGAUUCUCCAUAGAACCCAUCUCUCUCUCGUUACUGACACACACACAGGCACUCACGCCCCCCCCAUGCUUUCCCUAGCCCUCGAAGGUGUGUGUGGCUGUCUGGCCUAAAGCCUUGCACUGGUGAUGGAGUGUGACUAUACGAUUGUAGAAGUGCUGUGUGUUUGCUUGUGUGUUUUUCAUUAUGCCCGUAUCAGAAGUGCAAGGAUAGGGCUUUAAUGGCAGCUAAUCACGUUACGCUACCAUGACAGGCUUCUUCUCUCUCGGUCUCUUUUGCUUUCUCUCUCUGUGCUCUUUUGCUUUCUCUAUCGCUCUUGCUUUCUUUUUCUUUUGUGUUCUCUCUUUCUCUCUUGCUUUCUCUCCCUCUCCUCCAUCGCUGACUCUACCUCUAACCAUCUCAUUCAUGUCUCUCUUUCUCUCUCGCCUUCAUAACUUGGACUCCCUUUAACCAUCUUAUUCCUCGCUCUCACUCCCUACCUCUUUCUCAGUGACUGCGUAAGACUCUUAGAAUGUGGUGCUGCUAUAACAGCUAUUGAUGCUUUCUCUGGCAACAAGCUCCUGAAAAUAGGCUUUGGGGUCACUUUAAAAUAAUUAAACGCAGUUAGCCAAUGCCUCUGCACUAGCGAGCUCAGGUACGCGUUAACAAGAUGCCGAAGGUGAAUUGUAGCGAAGGGUAGCGUUUUGAUAUUUGGGUAUACUAUCCUGGUUGGACGUUUACUGGAAUCAGGACGGAAUUAGCUGUUCUAACCAUCUGAGCCACACAGGACAAUUGUGUUUAUAGAAAUGGUUUGUUACUGGAUACUUUGAUAGGAGAUAACUCUCUGAGUGAUGUAACAAACUAGAGGUUCUAUUCAAUCGAAAUUGGUCACCACAUUAUUUCAUAUUAAACACUGUAUUGUAAAAUGUUGAACACUGACUUAGUAUAGUAUGCCAUAUGUGUGGUCAUGUGUUUGUGCUGUUGUUUAUUUAAUUUUAUGUGUGUUUUUGGUUUUACUCAGACAUGGACGAAUGUGCUUCCAGUCCAUGUGCCCAAGGUGGGACAUGCAUCGAUCUGGAGAACGGCUUUGAGUGUGUGUGCCCCCCACAGUGGGGUGGGAAGACCUGCCAGAUUGGUAAGACCCCCGGAUCACACACCCCACCCAAAUCAACAGACUGCAUGAGUGUCUCAGUGGUGCAUCCAAUCAUGUUACGAUCGUAGCUGACUCUACAAUGAUUUUAGAACAAUCCAUUAAAAUAGGGCUGACCCCAUUUAGUCAACUGGUUGAUUGUUUGGUGAUUUAUAGGAUAUUUAUUUUUAUCAGGCUAUUUUCUACCUGCAUGCUGCAAUGUUUUUAUUUGCUGGUUUUAUGUAGGCUAUAUUUACAUAGUUGGCAAUAGAAGUUACUUUUAGAAUUUUGAUUAACCACAUUAUAGUGAUUGAGAUACGAAGACUUUAUUAUAAAUUAAAUGAAACUGUUCCACGAAAAUGUGCAUAUGAAAAUCAUAACUGGUACGCAGAUUGGUAGAAAUGGUAAGAUAAAUUGGCACUCCAAGUAGAAAUGGUGUAGCCUAUUAUCUACCGGCAACUUCAGGAACUUAAUGGCUAAAUCUGCGAAGGCCAGCAGCAGCUGGGUCCGGAACAGGUUUUCUUUCUUCUGGUUAGGCGAUCUUGAUCUCUGGCUCGCUCUUUAGUUAUUUGUGUGUCUUCAUUAUUUAAUCACAGUGUGCUUAAAGCAUCAGCCAAGCUCAGUAGCCUACAUAUAGUUUAUUUUAUUAAAACACAUAGGGUAUGUCUAUAUAGGAGAAAAUACAAGUUUAAACAUUUCGACCAUUCUUUGGAUUUGUUAAACUAGCUACUUCCGCCAACUGCUAAUAUUAGCGUUUGGGUGAACUAUCCCUUUAAGUACACCCAUUCAUCGAUCAAUGGAGAGUCCACUCGCAUGACUAUUACCAAUGGUUACUUCCAUAGCCCCAGGAAGUAGGGGUGUUUUUAGUGCACUGGGAAUUUACUAGUCCUGUAUUAGUGGACCGAUAUAGCACGGGUUAUUUGUUUUAUUUUUUCACAAAAGUAGUGCACUGGGCCUUCCUUAUUCUCAGCCCCCCUACUGUCUGCAACACGAUCCUAGUGCCUUCAGAGUACAGCGAUGUACACAGGAAACUGCUUGGCAACCGCUACCCAUAUCAUGAGUGCUGUUGUCUGUGACCAGAGUCCCGCGUCACAUUUUAAUUUUUUUAUCUUUGUUUAUUUACGUUUGUUUAUUUAUCCACUCAUACCUGAUGAGAGGAAGCAGAGUGUUGUGUGCCAGGAAGCGGAUUAUGACCUGGAAACAAGCUCGGGGAGGGGAGGGAACCCAAAACCCAGCCCGCAGUCUCCCCUUACGGAGCUGGAACCGUAACCUGGUCUCCCCUUACUACCUGAGCGUUGGAUGUUCGGGUUUCAUACAGGUGUGCGAGCGGACUGGCCAUGCUCCCCGGGGACGGCCCCCCCCUCCUGAAUAUUUAAUAUGCAGCAAGGCUUUAUUUUUUUGGAGGGGGGGGGGGGGUUUAAAAAUAUUAGCCCAAACAAGUUAGAUGGGUGGAUAGAUGGAGGGAGUUGAGAGAGGACGGGUGGAGGAGAAGGAAGGGGGAGGUUGGGGACUGUGACUCUAUAAUGGUGUCUGCGGGAUAGGCCCAAACAAAUGGAAAAGAGGGAGUUGAGAGAGGAUGGAUGGAGAUGGAAGGGGGAGGUUGUGGACUGCGACUCUAUGCCACUCAUUUAGAUAAUUUAAUAGGUUCAAGCAAUAUGGGAAUUACUUCAACUUGACGUCCUGGGUAGAGUUCCUGCCAUAUUUGCCUUUCAGAUCUACAGGAGCGCGUAGGAGGGGGGACUAGGGGUUGAUUUAGGAUUCAGGGAUAGAGUGGAACCUCUUCUUCUUGUUGGACUGAAAUGGCUGACUGGACAAUGCUAAGUGUAUUGCUCCCACCAAUAGUAUAGGCUUAUACAUCAGGAUCAGAACAUUGACACCUGUGAAUACAAUAAUACACCUUUUAGAAAAAAAAUCCCUCCAGUUUCCAAUAAUGAGGGGAGCUUUACACAAUCCUUUGUAUUGUAAAGGGGUUUGGUACCGUGCUUUACUGUAAUUCGUUAUAAGUGGAAGAGACUGACAAGAAGACUCAUUCUUGGACUCCUUUGUGCCGAUGUGUUGGUGGUGGGGCUUCAAUGUGCCUUUUCACCUCUUUCUUCCCCCUCUCUCUCUCUCACUCAUCUUUCUCUCACCUCUCUCUAUCCCUCUUACCUCUCUCUUUCCUUUCUUCCUCCCUUUACCCGUUGUCUCUGACUCCCUCCCCCCCUUUACCCGUUGACUCUGACUCCCUCCCCCCUUUCUAUGUCCUGACUCCACAGAUGCGAAUGAGUGUGUGGGGAAACCGUGUGUAAACGCUUACUCUUGCAAAAACCUAAUUGGCGGAUAUCACUGCGACUGCUUUCAAGGAUGGUCCGGACAAAACUGUGACAUCAGUCAGUAUUCGUCUCCCCCUUAUUGUCAUCACCGUCUCUCUCGCUCUCUCUCUCGUUAUUUUCACUCUUGCUGCUGAUCUUACCGCUGUGGCUUUGGGCCACGUCUCGUUGGCACGUUCUAGCACUGUCACCUCCGGCCGAGGCUUUGUCACUUUCUAAAGUGGCCACUGUCUCCCUAGCUGUCUCUGCAAAACUCACCAACUUUGCCUCUGUGGUUUUUAUUGCAUGAAGGGUAUAGAUUCUUGUCAACUGCAUACAGUGCCUUCAGAAAGUAUUCAUAACCCUUGACUUAUUCCACAUUUUGUGUUACAGCCAAAAUUGAUUAACUAUAUAAAAAAGACCCAUCUAUACACUACCCCAUAAUGACAAAGUGAAAAUAUGUUUUUAGAAAUGUUUGCAAAUGUUUUGAAAAUGAAAAUACAUAAAUAUCUAAUUUACAUAAGUAUUCACACCACUGAGUCAAUACUUUGUAGAAGCACCUUUGGCAGCGAUUACAGCUGUGAGUCUUUCUGGGUAAGUCUCUAAAAGGUGCUGAAUGGUCAAUCCGAUGUCUACAGUGGCCGUACAGCAUUUACUACUAUACGACCUGUUCAGAAGUCAGGGCAUUUAUACUUCUUGCGCGUCGCAGAGCUGUUGUGAAAGAAGUUGUCAAGGAAGUGAGUUUGUGUUUAUACUAGACCUCCCGCGCAAUCAUGUCAAUGCGGAGCUAUACGGAGCCCUCCACAUUGUAAAAAAAAUUGCCCGAUGCGGUACGGAGCUCAAUUUUCCCUCUGCGUGCCUCCGGAGGCUCCGUAAUUGCGUCACACCAUCCGACCACAUUUUCGGAUCAAGCAUAAAUUGUCUUUAAGAGUUUUUCACACCUGGAUUGUGCAACAUUUUCAGGUCUUGCCAUAGAUUUUAAAGUAGAUUUAAGCAACUCCAUGGUAGAUUUUCCUGCUGAAAGGUAAAUUCAUCUCCCAGUGUAUGGUGGAAAGCAGACUGAACCAGGUUUUCCUCUUGGAUUUUGCCUGUGCUUAGCUCCAUUCAGUUUCUUUUUUUAUCCUGAAAAACUCGAUUACAAGCAUACCCAUAACAUGAUGCAGCCACCACUAUGCUUGAAAAUAUGGAGAGUGGUACUCCGUAAUGUGUUGUAUUGGAUUCAUGACAAAAAGUGUAUUACUUUGGCCUCAUGGUGAAAUCCCUGUGGUGUCCUUCCUCUCCGGCAACUGAGUUAGGAAGGACGCCUGUAUCUUUCCAGUGACUGGGUGUAUCGAUACAUCAUCCAAAGUGUAAUUAAUAACUUCACCAUGCUCAAAGGGGUAAUCAAUUUCUGCUUUUACUCCAUCUACCAAUAGGUGCCCUUCUUUGCAAGGCAUUGGAAAACCUCCCUGGUCUUUGUGGUUGAAUCUGUGUUUGAAAUUCACUGCUCAACUGAGGGACCUUACAGAUAAUUGUAUGCGUGUUGUACAGAGAUGAGGGAGUGAUUCAAAAAUCAUGUUAAACACUAUUGCACACAGUCCAUGCAACUUAUGUGACUUGUUUUAUUUUUACUUCUGAAGUUUAAAAAAUGAAAAGUAUAAUUCCACUUUGACGUUAUGGGGUAUUGUGUGUAGGCCAGGGACAAACAUCUAAAUUGAAUCCAUUUUAAAUUCUGGCUUUCACAAAAUGUGGAAAACAUUUAAAGGGUUGUGAAUACUUUCUGAAGGCACUGUAUGUUUGCUUUGUUCAUAAUUGAAGAAUAACCAUGGACUAACUUUCCAUCUUCGAUUCAUUAACAAAAACACCUGCCUUGAUUGCACAUUAAAAUGGUGGAUCUGUUUUUAUGCUAUAGUUAUUUAAAAACCCUUCUGUGUGUAACCAUCUUUCUCUCACCUACCUCAGAUGUCAAGGGCUGCCACGGCCAAUGUCAGAAUGGAGCAACGUGUAAGGUAGGUGCCCUUCUCUGUGGCCUCAUGACUCAAUGCCACACAGAAAAUAAAUUAAUAAUGUAAUUCUUUUUUAUCUGCUCAACCAUUUCUGUAAAUGUUCAUGUAAAAUUUGCAACUCUGAACUAUAUGUAUGACAUGACCAAAUCGAGAUUUAAGAAGGCUCUUAGACUGAAACCUAGAGGACAUGCUCACCUAUGGAUAACUGGAUAUCUAUCACAUACUGUCAAGUUCUUUCUCUUGUAUUCAACUUGCCCUUUGACCUGUUAGCAGGUCAAACCCUGUCCUAUAGGAUUCUCAUGUGUUAGAUCUAUGUCAUUUAUAUCUAUCUUUUCCCACCAUCUUGCUCUCUCUUCAGGAAGGUCCCAGGGGGUAUUUCUGUCAGUGCCCGUCAGGCUUUGUGGGCACGCACUGCGAGAUCCAGCGGAACAGGUGUGCCAGUGGGCCCUGCCAGAACGGCGGGCGCUGCCACAGCAUUUUGGAUGGCUUUGUGUGCGAGUGCCCGACCAAGUUCUCCGGGGAACUGUGUGAGGUGAGCCUUGGGUUCAAAGGCUGAAGUCUUGGGACCAGUUUACUCUAAAGUGUUGGUCCUUUGGUGACACACACAGAGCAAAUUGAAAUCUGACCCUCCAAUUAGAGACUGAUAUAUAUCUCACAAAAGUGAGUACACCCCUCACAUUUUUGUAAAUAUUUGAGUAUAUCUUUUCAUGUGACAACACUGAAGAAAUGACACUUUGCUACAAUGUAAAGUAGUGAGUGUACAGCUUGUAUAACAGUGUACAUUUGCUGUCCCCUCAAAAUAACUCAACACACAGCCAUUAAUUGGGCCCAAUUAGCCAUUUUCCCUCCCCGGUGUCAUGUGACUCGUUAGUGUUACAAGGUCUCAGGUGUGAAUGGGGAGCAGGUGUGUUAAAUUUGGUGUCAUCGCUCUCACACUCCCUCAUACUGGUGACUGGAAGUUCAACAUGGCACCUCAUGGCAAAAAACUCUCUGAGGAUCUGAAAAAAAGAAUUGGUGCUCUCCAUAAAGAUGGCCUGGGCUAUAAGAAGAUUGCCAAGACCCUGAAACUGAGCUGCAGCACGGUGGCCAAGACCAUACAGCAGUUUAACAGGACAGGUUCCACUCAGAACAGGCCUCACCAUGGUCGACCAAAGAAGUUGAGUGCACGUGCUCAGCGUCAUAUCCAGAGGUUGUCUUUGGGAAAUAGACGUAUGAGUGCUGCCAGCAUUGCUGCAGAGGUUGAAGGGGUGGGGGGUCAGCCUGUCAGUGCUCAGACCAUACGCCGCACACUGCAUCAAAUUGGUCUACAUGGCUGUCGUCCCAGAAGGAAGCCUCUUCUCUUCUAGAUGAUGCACAAGAAAGCCCGCAAACAGUUUGCUGAAGACAAGCAGACUAAGGACAUGGAUUACUGGAACCAUGUCCUGUGGUCUGAUGAGACCAAGAUAAACUUAUUUGGUUCAGAUGGUGUCAAGCGUGUGUGGCGGAAACCAGGUGAGGAGUACAAAGACAAGUGUGUCUUGCCUACAGUCAAGCAUGGUGGUGGGAGUGUCAUGGUCUGGGGCUGCAUGAGUGCUGCCGGCACUGGGGAGCUACAGUUCAUUGAGGGAACCAUGAAUGCCAACAUGUACUGUGACAUACUGAAGCAGAGCAUGAUCCCCUCCCUUCGGAGACUGGGCCGCAGGGCAGUAUUCCAACAUGAUAACGACCCCAAACACACCUCCAAGACGACCACUGCCUUGCUAAAGAAGCUGAGGGUAAAGGUGAUGGACUGGCCAAGCAUGUCUCCAGACCUAAACCCUAUUGAGCAUCUGUGGGUAUCCUCAAACGGAAGGUGGAGGAGUGCAAGGUCUCUAACAUCCACCAGCUCCGUGAUGUUGUCAUGGAGGAGUGGAAGAGGACUCCAGUGGCAACCUGUGAAGCUCUGGUGAACUCCAUGCCCAAGAGGGUUAAGGCAGUGCUGGAAAAUGAUGGUGGCCACACAAAAUAUUGACACUUUGGGACACUUUGGACAUUUUUCAUUUAGGGGUGUACUCACUUUUUUGUUGCCAGCGGUUUAGACAUUAACAGCUGUGUUGUGUUAUUUUGAGGGGACAGCAAAUUUACACUGUUAUACAAGCUGUACACUCCCUACUUUACAUUGUAGCAAAGUGUCAUUUCUUCAGUGUUGUCACAUGAAAAGAUAUACUCAAAUAUUUACAAAAAUGUGAGGGGUGUACUCACUUUUGUGAGAGACUGUAUAUAGUCCAAUUACGGUGAGAUUGAAAACACAGGUAUGUCCUGAAUUCAGUCAAAACGCAUACCUCCUGCAUAAAAGAAUUGACACACACUCACUCCUAGAAUUAUACACACAUACAGCUCUGUGCUGUUUUGCUUUGACUGAACGGCAGACAGUACUGAUUGCGAGCCCAGUCCUGUACUUGGCGUAAAAGGCUAUAAAUACGAACCCUCUUCAAUGAGGCAACUCUACUAUGGCCCGGUGCCCACUCAGUCACUCCAGGUCAUUGAGAAGCUACAUUUAUGCCUAUCGUGGAAUUGUGGCUCUAUUACACUCCUAUGCACUCUUAUCACCAUCAUAUGACAUAUUUAUGACACUUACUACACUCAUACGGCAUUCAUAUGACACUCCUUUUACACUUGUACUGCAAUGAUAUGACACAUGCACAUCCUGCUACACUAAUACAACAUGCGUAUGAUAUCCCUAUGCACUCCUGCUAAACUCAUACAGCAUACAUAAUGACACUAUGCACUCCUACUACACACGUACAAUAUACAUAUGAAACUCAUAUGCCCAGGGGUGAAAGUAGAUUUAGUUUCUUACGGGAAUCCCUAUGUGUGUGAGCGCUUGCACACCUUUUUUUUGAUAGCCUAGGUGUAAUCAUAGAAUUACAUAGGCCUAGAAUCCCUAUUUCAUAUGAUCCCUAUGGGUAUUGUAAUGACAUUCUGCGAUUGUCAUUAGGCCUACACUUGAUGCAUCCACUGCUGUCCGCAUCUCUGUAUCGGCAACUCAUCUCCGCCUUGGCAAAAUGUAAGUGUUUUCAUCUAACCACAAUGCAAUUCUGAGCAUAUACCAUCCGGUUUCAAGACAAUUCGCUCAUAUUUCAUGUGGCUGACAUGCGGUAAUGUUAAAUAAUGGUGUAAUAGCCUACAGUUUUCUUUACAUUUUGUUUGAAUUAUUGUGAUAGGCUCAUGUUUUACCGGUACGGCGUACCCCCACUAUUUAUUUUGCUGGGACGACGUACCGGCUUACUUUCACCCCUGCCUUCCUACUACACUUGUACUGCAUACCUAUGACACACCUAUGCACUCCUAUCAAAUCAAAUUUUAUUGGUCACAUACACGUGUUUAGCAGAUGUUUAUUGCUGGUGUAGCGAAAUGCUUGUGCUUCUAGCUCCGACAGUGCAGUAAUAUCUAACAAGUAAUAUCUAACAAUUUCACAACAUAUACCCAAAACACACAAAUCUAAAUAAGGAAUGAAUUAAGAAUAUAUACAUAUAUGGACGAGCAAUGUCAGAGCGACAUGGACUAAGAAACAGUAGAAUAGUAUAGAAUACAGUAUAUACAUAUAAGAUGAGUCAUGCAAGAUAUGUAAACAUUAUUAAAGUGGCUAGUGUUCCAUUUCUUAAAGUGGCCAGUGAUUUCUAGUCUGUCUACUGUUUAACAGUCUGAUGGCCUUGAGAUAGAAGCUGUUUUUCAGUCUCUCGGUCCCAGCUUUGAUGCACCUAUACUGACCUCACCUUCUGGAUGAUAGCUGGGUGAACAGGCAGUGGCUCGGGUGGUUGAUGUCCUUGAUGAUCUUUUUGGCCUUCCUGUGACAUCGGGUGCUGUAGGUGUCCUGGAGGGCUGGUAGUUUGCACCCGGUAAUGCGUUGGGCAGACCGCACCACCCUCUGGAGAGCCUUGCGGUUGCGGGUGGUGCAGUUGCCGUACCAGGCGGUGAUACAGCCCGACAGGAUGCUCUCAAUUGUGCAUCUGAAAACGUUUGAGGGUUUUAGGUGCCAAGCCAAAUUUCUUUAGCCUCCUGAGGUUGAAGAGCCUCUGUUGCACCUUCUUCACCACACUGUCUGUGUGGGUGGUCCAUUUCAGUUUGUUGAAGCUUUCCAUCUUCUCCACUGUGAUCCUGUCGAUGUGGAUAGAGGGGUGCACCCUCUGCUGUUUCCUGAAGUCCAUGAUCAUCUCCUUUGUUUUGUUGACGUUGAGUGAGUUUUUUUUUCCUGGCACCACACUCCCAGAGCCCUCACCUCCCUGUAGACCAGGGUUCUUCAAUUCCGGUCCUGGAGGGCCGAAACACCUCUGUUUUUCAUCCUCUCCUUCUAAUCAGGGGCUAAUUCAGACCUGGGACACCAGGUGAGUGCAAUUAACUACCAGGUAGAAAUAAAAAACAGUGUUUCGGCCCUCCAAGACCGGAAUUGAAGAACCCUGCUGUAGACUGUCUCGUCAUUGUUGGUAAUCAAGCCUACUACUGUUGUGUCGUCUAUAAACUUGAUGAUUGAGUUGGAGGCGUGCUUGGCCACGCAGUCAUGGGUGAACAGGGAGUACAGGAGGGGGCUGAGCUCACACCCUUGUGGGGCCCCAGUGUUUAGGAUCAGCGAAGUGGAGGUCUUGUUUCCUACCUUCACCACCUGGGGGCGGCCCGUCAGGAAGUCCAGGACCCAGUUGCACAGGGUUGGGUUCAGACCCAGGGCCUCGAGCUUAAUGAUGAUCUUGGAGGGUACUAUGGUGUUGAAUGCUGAGCUAUAGUCAAUGAACAGCAUUCUUACAUAGGUAUUCCUCUUGUCCAGAUGGGAUAGGGCAGUGUGCAGAGUGAUAGCGAUUGCAUCGUCUGUGGAUCUAUUGGGGCGGUAAGCAAAUUGAAGUGGGUCUAGGGUGGCAGGUAAGGUAGAGGUGAUAUGAUCCUUGACUAGUCUCUCAAAGCACUUCAUGAUGACAGAAGUGAGUGCUACGGGGCGAUAGUCGUUUAGUUCAGUUACCUUUGCUUUCUUGGGUGCUAUGACACUCCUAUGCCGUUGGCAUACCUAUGACACUCCUUUAUCUCUGAUAGCACACCCCUAUCCCACCCUUUUAACACCCCCUAUGUCCUUCGGCAAACCAAUUUGACUGAGUUGAUUUGGGAUCGGGCAUUUGAGACGUGCAUUACAGUUGGUCACAGUGGGUUUGGAUGGUCUGUUCGAAAGACGGUGUUCUUUUAGUGUUCUUCCUCUUCUGAGGAGGGGCUUAGAUUUUAUGGGGCUUGUCCCAGCCUUUAGCCCUCAGACCCGUCAGUUUACAUCCCACACAUACUUUUCAUGGCCACAGCACUCGGAGAAGCCUUUAAACAGAAUAGAAUAAAUACAUCUCUGCCCCAUCAGAUAAAGUCAAAUAAACAAGUCGAGUGCGUGUGCAUGUAUCUGUGUGUGUGCGUGUGUCUGUGCAGGCUGAGUUUGUGUGUGUGUGUGUGCGUGUGUAUUAAUCUGUGUGCAUGUGUGAGAGCACCAUGACCCAAGUGGAUCAGCCCACCCCGUUACACCACACUACUGACAGACUCAGUGCCUUAAAUGGCAGUGAGUGGGACCCCAUGGUUUACAGUGCGGUUUUAGUUGUGAAUUUUCCUACUCUUGAUGUCCUGAGAACACAGAGAAAAUGUAGAAACUGGAGCCGCUGCCAUGUCACUGCGGUGUCCAUGAUGGCUCUUAAACGGAGGGUCACCUGGUUGAAUGAAAGUUACAUUAAUUAAAACUACACACACUUUAGGUACCUUUGAGCUUAUGCUUAUGUCAGGCUUCCACAGCUUACCCCUCUGUGUUUAUCUAUAUACUUAAAGAAGAACGGCCUCUCUCACACACUCUCUCUUUCUCUCCCACACUCUCACACUCACUUAUACCAUUUCUGGCCGUACUGGGUGGCAAGGAUUCAUUCUAUCUGAAGUACUUGCAUAAAGUGGAUGAAAUAAAAGUACGAAUUAAAACGUGUUUGUACGUGUGAAUGCGUGCAUGCGGAUGUGUACUUGUUUGUGCAUUCGUGCUUGUGUACAUGCUUGCAUGUGUGAACGUUCUCCCUCCCUCCCCUGCAGGUCCCAGGUUGGUCUCCUUCAGACCCGUGUGAGCCCAUCCCCUGUGAGAACGAGGCACCGUGCCAUGCCCUGACGGGCGAUUUUUACUGCGCCUGUCCCGAUGGCUACGAGGGCAAGACCUGUGCCCACCUCAAGGACCACUGCAGGACCACCCCCUGCCAA